CGGCUCGUCGUCUGUGUUAUUAUGUUAUUAUGUGUGCGGCGUGAUUAGCUGUUGGUCGUUCGUUGUCGUUUCCUGCCGUCUAGCUCCGCUGACGUUUUUUCCUUCGUACGACUCCUGUUCUAAGGUGUUCGUUAUUUCGAUUUAUUUUCGUCAAUUCCGGACCCCGGUCCGCUGCACAAUUUCCGUCGUCUUCUAUCUAUUCGCUCUGUCUUUUUCACACGAUUCGUGUUCAUCUUUCGGUCACGGUUUUCUCCGUCCACCCUUGCACCACAAAUGCAACCCCGUAUUAACGUCAGCCGACGACUGUUUUAAAAGGAACGUUCACACGACCACCGGCGUCCAUCCGCUUUCCAUGUACCGUAACGAUACCAUAGUAUAAUCAGGACGGUACCUAGUGUACGGUCACACCGCGAUUGACCAGAGUACAGUGCCAAGUUCGGUGUCUUUAUUCUCUACCAUGGCCGAGAAAUGCGUCAAGACACCCGCCACAGGUACUCGACCGGUGCCAAUGAAGCUGUUCGCAACUUGGGAAGUUGACCGCACACCAGCCAAUUGUGUACCCAGGUACCCAUUUAAUUCGUUAUUAAUUUCAUUAUAAUUACUUAACAUCCUGCAAUUGCUUCGGGUAAGGCAUUAAUUUACCAUAAAAUAUUGUGCAAUUAUUACCUAUUUUGUACUUGUACCCCAUAUUCGGUUAGUUUCUAUAAUGUAAGUACCCAUUAAAAAUAUAUUGUCAAUUGAUCGGGUGUUGACAAAAUAUAGACCUUAAUAAUAAAUCGUUAAUUUGAAAGGUACCAUUUAUCAAUUUAUGUUUGUAGGUACUAAUUAUGAACAUCUUAAUUGUUGUUCAAUUUUUGUCAUUGAAAUGAAUUUGUAAUUAACUAUGUUUUUAAUAAUUACACAUGUAUUACUUUUUCAGAAUAGGUACCUAUUUAUCUAUAUUAUUAAUUUUAAUAGUUCUAACUUAGUUAAUAGGUAGACAAAUUGUAACUUUAGGUAAUUGUCUAGAAUUUAAAAAAUACUGUCUCUAUGGUUUUAUAUGACAAUUAGGUAGGUAUUUAUAAAGUUUACUUCAAUUUAGACUUAAUUAGCAAAAAUUGCUGUUAAAAUUAGUAGGUACCUACCUAUGUUUUAGGUAUUGUUUAAAUUGUGUUAGUGUAUGUAUAGUAUUUUGUUGAAGACACCAUUUAAUUAUUAUUACUACAGAAUUUAUCUAUGUCAAAGUUUUAAUGUUUAAAAGUCUGUGUACUCAAUAAAAAAAAAAAAAAAAAAAAACAUUAUUUAUAAUUUGUUACUUUUAAAUUAUACUUGAAAAUCUUGGGUAAUUGGUUUUGGGUAUUAAAUACAAUUUCAAGAUAGUGAAAUCUAGAGUGAAAUCAUAAUAAUAUUAUAAUGUAUAGUAAUAAUAAGUAAUAAAUGUCUCAAUAAAUGCAUUUCCUAAUAGUCACAUAAUUAUUUUUUAAUUAUUUAAUUGAUAUUUUUGGUGGAUUUACUAAUCGCAUAUCAAGUUUUACGAUACAAGCGUAUUUAUCUACAUAUUUAUUGGUUAAUAAAAAAAAAAUGAUUUGGUGUUCAUCAAUUUUAAAAGAUAGGGAAUUAUUAAGUAUUUAAUGUUUGAACAAUUUCAGUUUUAAAUGAUAAAUGAAUCAUAAUCAAAAUAACAAAAUAUGAAUCAAUAAAGUAAUAUAGGAAUUCCAUUAGGUAAUUGUAUUAAAAUUAAAAUUCAGAUUACAUAAUAAUAUUAUUUACUGAUAUAUUAAGUUUAAUUUUAGUAUCAUUAAUUUUAAAUAACUUAUAUUUUAAUAUAUUAUAAUUAUUAAAUAUCUAAUCAUUGAUACAUAGUAUGAUAGAAAGCAAGUUAUUUUAAUAUUUUAUUUCUGACUCAUCUAUUCACAGUUAUGCGGAACGAUUAACGACUAGAUAUCUACCACACAUUAGUUUUUUAUGAAUUGGUAAUGCAAUGCCAUCUUUGGGAAUUCGCUAGAAACACUUUCAACACCACACAACAUUUUACCAAAAUUGGAACAAAUUAAUCUUCAGUGAGAUAAACCGUAUAAUGCAAUAUAGAGAUUAUUAAUAUCUCGGUGUACCUAUCAUAAUUACAAUUUAUUAAUUGAAUAGGUGUAGGUAUUUAUUCAACUUAAAGUGUUUGAAGUACCUAGCUACUCAUUGAUAACAAAAUUGAAUGACAGAUAUCUCAACUUCAAAAACAGAUAUCUGGUUUUGAUUUAAAUAAUUAUGACUUAGUUAAUAUCUAAGCUUCAUGUAAAUAGAAUAUAUUAUCCAAUUAAAAAUAGUGGUGUUGUUGGUGUUUUUUUCUUUUACAAAAUUUAAAUAAUAAUUAAAAUCAAUGUUGUUUUUAAAUAGGUACCUUACUAAUAUAUAAGUAAGAAUUUUUUAAUUAUUGUUUAAAUAGAAAUUUCUAUACAAAUAAAUAUAAUAUUAUCAUGUAACGGGUAUAUUGCAACUGUUUUAAAAUUAUCCAGACAAUUAUAUAGAUACAUAUUUUUAUGUAUAUUAUGUAUUUAGUACUAUUUACAACUACCAUUUUACAACAACCAAAUAUUUUUUAAAGACAAAAUUUACCUACCUACAUUUAUACAUUUUAAUUUCAUAUUACCUACUUAUUAAUAACCAAAUUAAGUGUCUAUAUUUAUUAUAGCUUGUACUAUACAUGUAUGAAAUGUAUGGUCUAAACUUAUUGUUAUUUUUUUUUAUUUUUACAACAAUUGUAAAAUGAAAAUGUUGUAUUUAUUAUAACUAUGUGAAAUGUACAGCAUAAGAAAUGGCCCCUUGCCAAAACAGACAUGUUUUUGUUAUUGUUGAUUCGUGUAACUAUCUUUUACUUUUUUGGUUUUAUUUUUAGGUAGGUACCUAUAGUUACCAUUUGGCAUAAAGUAGUGAAACUUAAAAAUAUAAUUUAACUAUUUAUAUAGGUAAACUUGGUAUUACAUCAUUGGAAAUAUGUUUAGCAUGUAAAUCUAUGAUCAACAAUUAAGUAUAUGUUUCUGUGAAUUUAAAUUGUACAUAGGUAAACAUAUUUUAAACCUAUAUACCUAUUUCUGAUUAUGAAUUGUUAGAAGAAAAAAAAAACAGUAGAAUACAGUUAAAUAGUUUCAUUCCAUUAAUGUUCUAGUUGUACAUUGCUAAGGUCAUUGGCACAAUUAAAUAAAUUAAAUAGUAUGUGAAAUGAUUUAUUUCGGAAAUAUUCAUAAAUUAGUAAUAUUCAAAAUACAUGAAUGAAUAAAAUGUAUACAUUUUUAUUUAUGUUUCAACAAAUAAAAUAAUAAAUAAAGAUGACCAACGUGUUAUAAAGUAAUAUACACAAUUGUUAAUUACCAGUAUUUAAUAUUAAUUGUAAUCAAACAAAAGUAAUAAUAAUAAUAAUAAUUGUAUAAAUAUAUAACAAUUCAAUAUUUUUUCACAUUUUUAAUCGCUAUAAUAAUUAUAACUUUAUCUCCAAACAAUGUGUUUAAAUAUAGGCAAAUAAUAAAAUUAAUAUUUUCUAAAAGGUAAUACAAAUAAAGUUUGUAGUGAAAUAUAUAUUACAGUAUAUUUAAUUUCCAUAAAAAGCUAUCAAUGAAAUAAUUGAAUGUAGAUUUUGUUGUUGUUUGCGGAUGUAUCGUUCUGCCUGUUUGUGACGUUUUCAGGACUUUGGUCAUAGGAAAACGUUUUUAGGUAGAUUAUUAUAACAGAAAAUAAAAAUUGACUUUUAAUACUUUACCCAACUCUUUAUGACGUACUCUAAUAACUAUUGUAAUAGGUUUAUAAACUAAAUUUGAUUCAUUAUACCCCCAAAAACGGCGUGUUAGAUCCGUAAGUAAUGCAUAUUAAUUGUACGGAUCGAUGUUUACAUUGCUGCAUAAUUAUUUAAAUAUAACGUAAAAUAUCCCUUCGUCUAAUUCAGUUCAUAGAUGAUUAUUAAAAUAACAAUUCUAAAUGCUUUAAAAACUGGUGGAGUGACAUUCGACCCAAUCGAAUGUAUUUCAGUUUAAAAAGUAAAUAAGAAGUAACAUAAGUGUGGCUUCGAUAGUGCGAAAAUGGGAGAAAAAGACCGAAAUGGUUUGGGCAUAUCACGAAGAGAGAGGAAACUGAAAAAAGAACAUUGGAGGAAAAAGGAGAGGAAGACCGAAAAAGAGGUGGUUGGAUGCAAUUGUGUAUAAUAUGAGGACGGCGUGUGUAUGUGAGGACGAUGUGAAUGAUUGGGUCAAGUGGAAGUUUAGACUAGAGUGGCUGAACCCAAAUAGUUGGGAUAAAAGCGAAAGAGAAGACCUUCAUAGACACGAGUCGGGUGUAAAAAAUAUUCGAAAUAAUUACCGUAUUUUUUUUUUCCCAAAGAGAAAAAAUAUUAUGUAGGUGCGUUUUGUGCACAGGCGCAAAUAACUCUAAUUUUGUUGGAAGGAGGGGGCUCAAGUCCCCAUUAUAUUAAUAAUGUAUGCUUAGUAUUUUUACUCGAUGUGAAUUUAAUACUAGGGGAGCUUAGUUUUUUCUUUUUGGGGGGUAGGGGAAAUCCCCAAUUUUUAAGCCAAUGGUUUCAUCGUAUAAUAUUAAAAUGGAAACUUUAAACGAACGUUUACGAUUCUGUGGCACGUCACGACGAGAUAUUUGUUAUCUUUAUCAUUCACGCGUGUAACGUGUAGCAUAAACAGUUUGGUGCAGAUCGGUCAUAAAAAAAAAGUUUAGAGCAAAACCACCUAUAUAAAAAGUGUUCACGUAAACAAUAUUUUUCCAAAGAAAUCUCGUACACUUUGUGUAUAUUUUUUCUUCUCUUUUUUUUUAAUAUUUAAUGUUACACCUAAUAAUAAUGUAGUCUUCGAUUGCAAUAUUAUUUUUAGAUUUAAUUCGUUCAAGCAAUGUUUCAAACCAGAUUUUGAAACGUGUGUUUAUAUAUAUAAAAAAAAUAAAAUGUAUAUAUUAUUAUUUUAAUUGAUCACUAUCAUACGAUGAGAAAUCCUUCGAAAAUAGUAUAUUUUUUUUUCAUAAGCAUUUUAACUUCUUAAAACCGUUUCGUAUUAAUAUUGUUUUAAUAUCAGCUGAUCCGCGCGGACUCGUAUUAAAAUAAUGGUUGUAUUUUUAGAGAUAGUCAAUUUCGACGCGUCAUCCUAAAUAAAUGCGUAUUGUUUGUAAUAAUCAAAAGAAUAUAUCAAAUAUUACCUAUAUAUUAAAAGGGUAAAUAAAGGUUUGUUUCUCGACAAAUCAUUAAUCAAACAUAUAUAUGAAGCUCAGUCAUUUGUUUAGGCGCAUCCCCGUGUAUGAUGUUCUAUAUUACUUACGUCACGAAAUGUCUAUUGUUUAUCAUGGCAAUUAUUAUUAUUAUCGAGUCCUAUUAUUCGUGGGGUGGGGGAAGAGGGAAAUCGUCUUAUCAAAUAUUUGAUAAAUCACUCUUUCCACCGCAGAGUUAACCCCCCGGGAACGUCAUUUGUUCGGAUUUUCACAAAAAUAAACGUUAUAGCGCUUCUGGUCGUAUUAUUUUAAAGUAGGUAGCUAUAAACAAACAAAAAAUUCCUCUUAAUAUUGGUGUGCACUACUUGGUCGCGUCAUUAAAACAAUAACGUCCUUAAUUUAGCGGCAAGACUUCUGUGCACUUAUAUAUUUUCAUACAGUUAAAUGGGCCAGCGCAAUUUAAAACGAGAUAUAGAUACAAUUUAUUUAUUUAUAUUUAUACAGCACCGUCAGUCAAGACCCACUGGGUAAUAAAUGAAAUACUCAAGUCCGUUGCAUUGUAUUUAUAAUACUCGAUUGUUACAAAUAAAAACACUUUUGGUGUACGAUAAAUAAAAAGCUCGAGUAGGUACCGAAAUACUUAAUUCAUAAUAAUUGUUAAUAUAAAUUUACUUUUCAAGCAUGCCAGUAUCUAUGUAUACAGGAUGAAUUCACUAAGCGUGCUAACCCCAUUUCUUUGGGUAAUUUUGCAUGUAUUCAAAUUUUGAUUUCUAGAAUUUUUAAUUGUGUUUAAAACCGAUAUUUUCGUAUACUUGGAUUUUUCACAACAUUUAAUGAGAAUCCUGCGGCGAUACCAACUUUGGUUUUUCAAAUAAGAACCCUACUGAUGUAUUAAAAAUAAUUAAAUAGACGCAAUAUUACUUAAAAUAAAGUUUUGGUGUUAACAUUUUUGAUUUCCGUCAACCCGUUAAUGAGAUAUUCCACUUUAAAGUUAAGCGUAUCAUUUGUGUGGCGGUACGGCGCGCGGCGUUUUAUUGGUGCUCCAAUAUUCUCUCCUUACCUUAAAUUAAAAGUGAAAUAUCUCGCCAACGGGUUCAUGGAAAUCAAAAAUUUUAACACCAAAAUGUAUUUAAAAUAAUACUCCGUCUAUUUAUAGAAUUUUCAGUAUAGGUUAUCAUUUGAAAAAUCAAAGUUGGACUUGCUACAGGAUACUGCUUAAAUUUUGUGAAAAAUCUCAGCUAAGUAUUUGAAAAUAUGCAAAAUUUAACCAAAAAAAAUGGGGUGAGCACGGUUUCGUGCUUAAUUUGGUUGAAAAUAAUCGUAGAAACCUUAAUUUUGUAUAGAAUACUUAUAAUACUAUUAUUUUCUAUAAGUGGUGAAAUUUUUGUGUAUCGAUAGAUUUUAUGUGGAUAAAAUUGUUUGGCCGAACAGAAAUGCUUGACAAUUCAACACCAGGUUCAUAUAAGUUGUUUUUGUUUUGUGGUAAAAAAAAAAUGUAUGUAAUGAUGGGUUUUUUUUUUGUAAGCCUUUUAAGAUCCAAUUUUGACGAAAAUCGUAAAAAUUACUAUAUUUAAAAACAUGUAUAUCCGAAUUUCGCAUAAAAUGAUUUGUUGUUGCGCACAGAAAUGAACUAAACUAUUUUAUAUAUUCUACUUUUCCAACUUUCCACCUUUAACAGUUACACACCCGUCUUCUGUAAUACCUUUUUUUUCUUUUCCUGAAAAUAUUUUAAAAUUGGAGCUGUUUAGUAGUAUAUUCUACAAAGCCCUUCAAAUUAGAAUUUAUAUUUCACGCGGACCUCUGCUGGGAAAAAGUGAUAAUAAUUUAUGAUAUUUUCGGUAAUAAUUUGUAAAGGUUAAAUGCGUGCGGGUUCAAGCCAAAACAGUUUAACGCUUUUGUGUCAAUAUAAUAAUGUUAUAUACUCGACUAUUUUCGACUAUAAUGGGAAAUUUACAAAUAAUACGUGACCUUUAUUCUAAUGUACCUAUACCGGCUAUAUCUUAUAUUUUUUUAGUCAUUUAACGAGGUUAUGGGUUACGGAAUUUUAAAGCUAUAUUAUAUUAUGCAUGUGCGUUUUUCCGAAACGUGUUCUAUUCCGUAAAAAAUCAAUAGAUUCUUCGGUUCACUUCACAAUUAUAUAGAAAUAAUAUAGCUUAUGCUGUUGACAGGUAUGCCGCUGUUGUUGGUGGGAAGUUGAGUGUUGGAUAUAUGAAAAUGAUUCAUUUGUAUCCGUAUACGAUGUUAAAUCAGUGUUAACGAAAACCGAUUUUGAUUGGGCUCGGUUAAGCAAUUCUUUACAAUGAAUCAUACCAACAUAUAAUAAUUUAUGAAUUAUAUCGCCUUCGGUUGAACUUGAUGUUUUGAAAUGCCGUGAUUUUUAUGAGUCCAUUAAAAUUUUAAACUACAACUAUCUAUAUAAGUUGUAGUUAUUCACAUAAGAACCUAGUGUUAAAAUGUCGAGCUAAGCUACCUUGAAAAUUUCUCAACAAUUUCUGAAAUGCUUGUACCAGGUGAUCCAUUUAAGUGGAUACACUAUCAUUAUUUCGGAAAAAAUUAACUUUUUUCGGAAUUUGUUUUCUAUAACAUUUAAGAAACAAGCAGCUCUAUAUUACAAUUUUUUGUUUAUGACAAAAAUAAUUUUGUCACUCUUAUUUUUGGGGGUAAAACCACUAUAUACUUUUGAUUUUCAAUUGACAACCUAUGUUAAAAAGUUCAAAUAAAGAUGGAGUAUUAUUUAUAAUAAAUUUAACUGUUGAAAUAUUUAAUUUCUGUCAAUCCGUUGACGAGAUAUUUCAUUUUUAAGUUUGGGUUGGAGGAGAGUAGUGGAGAGUUGUGUGACGGUACGGUAUACGGCGUUAUAAUGCAUCACUUCUCUCUUCUUAAAACCUAAACUUAAAAAUGAAAUAUCUCGUCAAUGGAUCGAUGGAAAUAAAAAAUGUCCACACUGAAAUUUAUUUUAACUAAUAAUCCAUUUAUUUAUGGAUCUUUUAAUAUAGGUUGCCAUUUGAAAAUCAAAAGUAGAUAGUGGUCUUACCUUUAAAAAUAAGGGUGACAAAAAAUGAAUGUAAAAUUGUAGAGUAGCUUGUUUCUUAAAUAUUCUAAAAAACGAAUUCCGGAAAAAGUUAAUACCUUUUCAAAUAAAUAAUUUAAAUGGAUCAUCUGAUAUGUAUAAAUGACUCAAUAAUCACUAGAAUGUUUUGGAAAUUUUACCACGUUUAUAGAAAAAGGCUAAUAUAAGGUAAUCUGUGAAAAUUGCAGAUCCCUACGAUUAGUUUUAACCGCAUUAUGAUAACGAUAAAAAAGAAAAUAGAAAUAAUGAAACCUUUCGGUGGCGUGAAUAUUCUAUUUUUUCCCAAUAAUGAAUAUUAACCGUGCACGGAAAAUAAUCUCCCCGAUGCAACGACUAGACGAAAUUUGAUUUUAGAAAAGACGCUAUACACUCGAAAAUCCGACAAAAUGGCCUACAUAGUUAGAAAAGUCGUUCACAGAUCGGAAAAUAAAAACCCCUAUCACAGAGUAAAACCAACGCAUGCGUUUCUCGUUGAGCUCGGAAAUUUAAAAAAAAAAAAUAAUAAUAAAAAUGUUUAAAUAAAUUCACGUGCCCACACGUAGAUACGUAAUAUCAAUAUCUUCCCGUGAUUCAAUUACGUUCAAUUUACCGUACACGUAACAUAUUAAUAAUGGUUUUUUUUUUUUUUUUCUUACGGAUUUUACGCCGUUCAAUUCGUUCCUUACAGGAACGGGAUCUGCUGCCACUGCUGCCGCGGUAAUGGCGCGGUGUGUCGUCAGUGUACGACCGCACAGUCUGUCCGGGUACAUUUUUAUACAUUAUUGCGUCGUCUGGUGGAAAUAAUUUGGUCGCGAACCAUUUGUCACAGUAUCGCGAUACGGUUUAACUUAAUUUCCCAAUGGAACACUUUCACUACUCAUAUAUAUAUAUAUAUAUGUAUAAAUAUUCCGUUUCACACAUAAUACGCCUAUAUAGGUAUACAAAAAAUAUACAAUAUUAUUUUAUUUAUUACGCCGCGUAUUAUUAUAGUAUUGUGUUGUUCCGGGUACGGUUUUCCGUACACCCGGUCUCGUAUUAUAUUAUAUUAUGUUGAAUGAAAGUGUGUUUUUUAACUGUUACAUUUUUUUUUUUUGUUUUUUUUUUGUUUUUUCCGUUAUGUCAUUCAAGUGGGUUGUUUCCGUACGAAUUUUUUGUAGUUUCGGGCGGAAUGCCGUGCCGCGUAUUCAAAAUGCUCGUGUGUAACUGUCACGGUACAAUUUAUAUAGUUCGUUUUCAUCAAUUCGCGCGUGCUCGCGAUUGUAAAUUUUUAAUUCGCGCGUCGUCGUCGCCACAAAAUAUUAUACGGAGAAGAAAAAACAUAUAAUAAAUAUAAUAACGCGACCCUCGUCAAUUUCGUUUUAAUCGUUAAUUUUUAUUAUAUUGUAAUCACGCGUUGAAUGUGUAAAAACGAGCUAGUAUAAAAAAAAAUUGAAAUUUUACCAAAGUAAUUAUUUGUUACUAUCGUAUUAAUAAUAUUGUAGUAGUGUAAGCGGAGUGUUCUCGUAUAAUACUGUUUAGGCGGUUAACCAUAAUUCAUUUAUUGCAAAUUUAUGUAAAAACAAAAAAAAAAUCCCGUUGAAAAUGUACAAUCAUUUAUUUGCUAUAAUAAUAUUUUUAUUUUCUUGGUAAAAAUUGUAAUUAAUCAAAAACGACGUAAUAUUGCUCAAUAAUAUUUUAUCGUGUAUAUAUAGGUACUAUUGUAUUGUGUGUUGAUGUUGUCACGUUCAAAAAAACUAUCAAAAUAAUUUUUUUUUUUCAGAAAGGUUUUUCUUUUUACAAAUGACGUGAAUAACAAUAUACGUCCUCGUCAGCGGCAAAAAAAAAAAAAGAGAGACCGCGAAAAAAAAUUAUAAUUUAAUUCGAGUUCUGUAUUAUUAUUAUAUAUUUGCCUAAAUAAUAAUGCGAAAGAAUCGAGCAAAACGCGAUAAGUUUUCUGAAAGUCGAUGAUGACGACGGAGACGGGGGUAUAUAUAUAUAUUAUAUAGGUAUAUAUUCAAAACCGCCGUAAUUUUCUUUAAAACGAUUUCGUGACUAUAUUAUAAUAUUAUACAAGAGAAAAUGUUCGCUUCUCGAACAAAGGGAAAUUUAGUUAUAUAAAUAUAUAUAUAUAUAUAUGUAUAUGAAUAUUUUCCAUUAUUUUUUUGCCCCUGUACCCCUGCGCGAAGGCGUUAAAAACUUGUCAGAUCAAUGUGGCUUUUUUUUUUUUACCGACUCGUAUAUAUUUAGUUUUUCGUGGCUAUGGCAACCUUCACACGAAACACAGUUGUAAUAGCGCUGCAGGUAUAAUACCUAUUAUACUUACCAACGUAUAAGUACAAUGUGAUUGAAAUGUUUGAAACUUUACGGACAUCACGUGCGUUUUAUUUUUAUAUAUCGUGUUACGCAAUCUUAUUUUAUUUAAAAAAAAAAAAAAAAAAAGGCUGUAAAUGACUACGGCGACGUCAUAUAACAAUCAUUAUUGAUUUCGGGAUCAACAGGCUAAAUACGGACUAAACACGCACGUACACCGGUGUAGCAUAAAAUAUUCUGUUCUGUGUACAUACUAUAUAUAUAUAGUUUAUUGUAUUAUUUCGUUUUUUGUGAUAAUUAUCGUGUCACGCGAAAAGUCCUUGGCCGGUAGCCGGACAGUGCACUCUUUUAAUUAUUAAUAAUAAUAAUAUAAUCUAUACUAUCCUUCCCCCUUUCCCUCACUGACCACAGAUGCUGGGCAGCAACCAGUCGUAUAUAGUUAGUAUAUACUAUUGGUGGGUUAGGUUGGAUUGGCUAUAUUGGUAUCUAUAUAAUAUCAUUAUAUCAAUGAAAUCUAUAAUACUAUACGUAUAAGAAAGCGUGAUGUUUAACAGUAAAAUUUAAAAUAUAUAAAUACCGUGCAUAAGACCCGACUCGUACUCAUAAAAUACAACAAUGAACACUAAUCUGUUACGGAUUUUAAAACACACUGCAGCCGCGAAUAUCUAUAUAGAAAUGUUAUUAUGUAGGUAGGUUUAUACGUAAAUACAAGAAGUUUUUACCUCGGCCGAUGCUAAAAAAGUAAGGCAAUGUGUUUCGUUUCCACGGGUUUAAAUAAUAUAUAUUAAGUACAUAUUAUAUUAUAAUGUCUUGUAACAAUAUGGAUAGAAUAUACCUUUUGGUUUUGAACCUGCUGUACGUCAUAGGUGUACGCGACUGCAACGUUGUAUAAAGAUAAAUAUUUAAAAAUAUCUAAAUAAAGACAAAUAAUCAACAACUUCUUUCUAGAUUAGAAAAAAAAAGAAUAUAUAAUUGUGUUCAUUACGUAUGUAUGAAGUUCUAAAAGUAAAGUUAAAAUAUACCGAAUUUGGUACCUACACACAUACAUACACACGUUAAAAUAUCAAAAAGGUCGUGUUGUUGUUGUUACUUGAUAACUUAUUUAUUUAGCCAUUUUAAUAUAAAUUAAGUAUUCUGCCUAUUUUAUUAUUUCUCAUAAAUAUAUAAAUUACCUAUGAUUUAAAAAUGUUUAUCUAGAGAUGAUUAAAUUAUAUAUCUUUUAUGUAUAACUUAUUUCUCGUUAUAAGAGUCGCAAUACAAAGACUAAAAGUGUGAUGAGAAUAUAACAAUAUGUGAGAGUAUAUACAAAUAAACGGAAGGAGAAGAUUAUAAAGAGGAAAUGGGGGACUUAGUUUAAUGAUUGUGUUAUUAAUAAUUACCUUCUGCCUAAUGUUAGGAUGGUUUCAGAGUCGAAAGUCCGAGAAUGGUGACGAAAUUAAUAAAUAAGGAAUACAAUUUGUUUUAUACCUACCCACGGUGUUGGAACGCAAGGGUUAUCUGGAAUUGUCCUCAUCCGAUCUUGGAACCUUUGGAUGGCAGCGAUGAAAACUUAAUUAAAAUAUUCUAAUUUAAGUAUUUAAUACUCUGAAACUGCGUACACUCAAAUAACUAAUAUGUUGGUAUUUAAAUUACUAUUGAAAAAGGGCUAAACCAUUCAAGGAAAUUAAUGAAUAUAUGACACAUGAGUGAUUAGAUGCUAAAAGUCGGAGCUAUAUAGCUAUCGAGCUAUAUUGAUCUCGGCGGAGUUCUCAAUGGAGUGAUCGUAGAAGGGAUUUCUCGAGCGGCCAAUAAAAAUAAUGCUAUGAAAAAAAAAUCGUUAUAUUUUAUGAAUUUAUGAGGCCCCGUUGGCCUUUGCGUCGGGGCCGAUAGAAGAUAAUUCAUUAAUAAUGAAAAUUGAAUUGAGUUUUGUAUAGAAAUUGUAAAGUAUUUAGGAUUCUGAUCGUAAUAGCGACGACGUUACCAAAGCGCUGACCGGCGUCGUAAAUUUCUAAUUUUUAACCAGUACUAAAAUUUUUCAUUCGUAAAAAUAUUUGAAUCGCUCUCAAGCAGCGAAUGACCUGUUAUAUUUUUUAUAUAACUCUUUUUUCUUAAGGGGCCAGCGCGUUUUAUUUGCUCAAAAAUAUGCUUUACGGGAAAAAUUCAUGCGUCGUAGAGUGAUUCGAUUUCGAUGAUUAUUUUUUUAUUAGAAAUAUGAAGACGUCCUACAGCUCGCAUUGAUCUCCGUUUUAUAACGUUUUUAUUACAUACUCUAUAAUAUGUCUUGAAAAAAAGGUAAAUUUUUAACUUCUUAUUAAUUCGUUCAAUGUGAGCUGUAUAAUGUCGUUUAUCAGAUGAAAAUAGAUAAAUAUUAAAUUAAAAAUGAGUUAUCCUCAUUCCCGUAAAAUACUAUAAUACAUGUUAUUAAUUAUUUUUAAUUAAAAGUCUAACUUUCGAUUUUUUAUAGAAGAUAAUCUUUCAAUGAUAUCCACUGAUAUACUUAUUUCCUGCAAAAUAUGCGACAGUUAAUAAAUAACUUGUUACUGAAAGCAGAGAUGAUAAAAUAGAUAUCUUCUUAAUAACUGUUAGAAUACAGAAAUACAUCUAUAACCAUGAAUCAUCUCCUGAGAGGACUAUUACCUAUAAAUGAAGAAUAUGUGAAAUUUGAAAAUGUUAGAAAGCAAUUGGUAAUGAUACAAAAUAAACAAAAAAGUAUUAUGGUAGAGGUGGAGUUGGAAAUAGAGCCUCUAAAAUUGGAAGACAUAGUCUAUUUACAAGGAGAUAAGGUUUGGGAGCUUGGUAACAUAAAAAAUAAAGUAGGUGAUAGAAGAUCAUAUAUAAUAGAGUUGAAUAAGGGAGAAAGAUAUUGGAAGAACAGAAAACUAAUACAUAAAAUACUAGAAAAAAUAAAUAUAAGGGUAAUUGAAGAGGAAGAUGUUGGAAAAUUAAAGAGAGUGGGAAAGAACAAAGUACUAAGGAAGGCCUGAAAGAUUAACUAGAUUAUUUAAAAGGCUAAAUGGUCAUGUAUUAAAAUGAUUAUACUAGUUUUGUUAAUUAUAAUAGAUGUAAUAAAAAAAAAAAAAAUGUUCACUAGUAAAUUAUUGAAUUUGUGUGAUUUGUUAUGUUAUUAUCUAUAUUAUGAAUUGUUAUAAUUUUGUAAGUUAAUUUCUAAUUAGUACAUUUAGUAGAUAAAUCUUAAGGAUGGAUUGAAUUUAAAGAAGGGGGAUGUGGUGAUAAAAAUAUAUCUAUUGAUAAGGAUAGGUUAAGUAAGUGUUUUUAGGUUAGUCAUAUACUAUUGUGUAGUGUGCUCGUUACUUUAAGCCGGCACAACACCGAAGUUUUAAAAAGUUAUAACAAUGCAAUUUUUAUAUAUUUAAUAUAUUAUUGAGUAUAGAGAAAAAACAAACAUACCAGUAUCAUUUAUUAUUAUUCGAUUUUCAGUUUGAAAAAAUGAUGAGACCGUAGACGGUUAAGGAUAAUACAAGUACUAUUCGUCAUCGGACUGUAUAGUAUAUAGUGUAUAUCGGCUAUCAGACAAAGAAUUGUUUGUAACCAUUUUUUUGUAUACCUAUCCAAACAUACGUUCGAAAGAAUUUUGCACAAAUUAAUACCCUAUUUUCACAAAUUCUUAGACACGACAAAUAGACUCGACAUUUUAAGUACAUAUAUAGUCUCUAAAAAUAUUCUUGUUUUCAGUUAUUUUUAUUAUUCAUUAGUGUUAUUACUAAAACACAAAAUACAAAAAGUAUGAUUCUACAGAAAAUAUCAGAAUAAAUGCUUAUUCCUUAGUAAAAUAUUCUGUGUACACUUUUUUUGAAACUAUGCCAAGUAUACUCGUAAGUAUAUUUUAACGAAAUAUAACAGAAUAGAUCCCUAAGACCGGUCUUAGGUAUCUUGUCAUCCUAGCCAAAAAUAUACUUUUAGCUAAUUGAAAAUCAAAAGAGUAAUAAUUUGAAAGUAGUGUCAAAAUUAAAAUUAAAUAAUUCCAUUGUGUUAGAAAAUUAAAAAUAAUAGACGUCCUAGGAUAAUGGAGACGGAUGCAGCUAUUGUUAUAGGUAAUUUAAUGUAUAUCUGUAAUCAACGAUAAAUCAUUGUUAACGGAAAAACGAUUCUGAGCGCAGUUUAGUUGAUAGUGAUAUUUUGUCAACAAUAUAUCUGUCAUAUUAUGGUAAAAUAAUAAGAUAGGCAUUGUAUAAUAUUUAAUAAUAUUAUAUUUUUAAUGUAAUAUGUUUAAUAAUAUUUAGUUAAAAUUGUAUCGAUUUUCUCAGGUUUUUUCCCGAUUUUUCCCGUUUAUUGGGAAAACUGAAAAAUUUCCUCUCUAAAGUACUUUUACAGUUAGAUUUUCGUUCAGAAAAAGUGCUAUAAUUUUAAAUCGGAGCGAAAUUGCUGGUAGAAAAAAAAGGCCAUAAUAUUUUUUUAAUAAUACCUACAUUUCGUAUAUUUUCCGUUUUUCCGACAUUUUAUCCUGGUUUUUCUCAGAUAUUAUGAAAACCGCUUGAAAAAUCAAAAAACGACUAUUCUUAUAUAAUAAAAAUAAGCUACAUUGGGUACAUCAGAGCAAGAUUUCUGAUAGAAAAGUUCGCACAACAAAUCGUGGGUUAUUUUGAAAUUAAAAUAGGCUGAGGGAGCGAUGAUUGGAAAUUUUACCACGUCUAUGUCCAAUAUAAGUAUUAUUACCAAGUUUUAAGUUUCUACGUGUAUUUAUAACAGAAUUACAGCAAAAAACCUCCCAAAAAUUAAAAUUCCUUAAAAGCUCAAAAAUGGCUCAAAAGUUUUGCAUGAUACUGAUAGAAAUUAAAUCAAAAAGGCAACAAAAAAGGUAUUUUGUGAUUUUUCGAUUAAAUCAUUUUGUCUGGUAGAAAUCUUCCGUGUUUUUAUAAAAUAAUGAAAUCAUGAAAUUAUACGUUUUUCUACGUUUUUUCCCACUUAAGUGCAUUUAUUUAAAAAAUGGCGUCGAAAAUAAAAUGUUACCCGUAUAAAGUACAAUCUAGUCAACUUGAGCUUUCAAAAAAGUUGCUAUAUGUCAAAAUCGGAGUAAGUUUACUAGGAAAAAAUGUAUCCACAAUGGUUUCCGCGCUACACUUGGAAUCUAAAAAAAAAAAUUGAAAAUUAUAUUUGUUCCACAUAAUUUAUUCGUCAAAAUUUGAUAAUGAAAUGUCCUUAUAAAAAAAAAUAGUACAUAUUAAACUCAUUUUUUUUUGUUUUACCACAAAAUAAGGCUUUUAAUGAACCUCCUGUUAAAUUUUGAAACAUUUCUGUUCAAUUUUAAUAGUUUUACCACAGAGUACCUAUUAAAUAAAUAUGACGUACAACACUCUCAAAAUUAAAAUGUCUAUAAACACCUCAAGAAUGGCUUAAAUUUUUUUAAAAUUUUACCACGUCUCGAAAAGACUAGUAUAAGUUUUUUGUCCUAAUUUCAAUUCUCUACAAAUAUUUUUUAUAAAUUUACAACAAAUAACAAAAUUGAAAAAUAAUAAAAACAUUAUUUUCGUAAAUUUCAAGUUUUUCUUCCCAGGUAUUAUGAAAACCGCUUGGAAAAUCAAAAAUUGACCUUCCAAAAGUACCAUCUGUACAACAUUCCCAUUCAGAAAUGGAGCCGCGCAUAUAUAUCUGAGCAAGAUUUCUGGUAGAAUUUGUGUACACUUGUACACAGUAAAAAAAAAAAAAAAAAAAAAAAAUAUAGUAAAAUAAAUACAUUCACUCAAAAUCUAAAACAGAAUAUAAAUUUAUUUAAAAUCCUUCUAAAAAAUCGUUGGGUCAUAAUAACGAAAAUUCGCUCUGUAUAGUUGACGAUAUUAUUUUGACCGUGUAGAUGAGUAUCGAAAUGUGUGUUAAAUGCUAGUAUUAUAUUAUAAUAGGCAUUAUUUUAACGAUUCGGUCGUCAUCGUUCGUUAUUUGUGUAUAAACAACGCGCAUCAUAAAGUAGAACAUUUCAAUUAACCAUCUAUUAUAAAAUCAAAAUUGGAACAAAUAUUCCAUUGGCUGAGGUCGUCUUUUAAUCAUUUUUUUUGGAAUUGUGCCAAUAUAAUAAUGUUUUAAACGAGAAUUCACUGUAUUCGGAGUUGUUAAGUAACUGCAGCGACUGUUAAAUAGUUAAAAUAAUUAAAAUAGUCACAAUAUUAACAAAACAUUAGUCGUGUCUAUGAAUUAAUUGGAGAAUUUGUUCUUUGUCUGUUUCGAAAUCAUUCGAUUGAUAAUAAUAUUUAAUAUACUUUUGUAUAACAAAUGUAUAACUGUAAUUUAAACGAAUAUCUGCAUAAUAUUCGCGUUAUAUACAAUGAAAUUAUAAUGAAUAUUAAAUGAUAUAUUGAUUGUAUUUUAUACUUUUUUAAAACUAAAUAAGUUAAAUAGGUAUAUACCCUACUAUAAAACUACUAUAAGCUAAUACAAUCAAAUAACAAUAAAUCGAUAGAAAAAGUAAAAAAAAAAAUCAUUCCAAAUUGAAUUUUCAGAAUACCGAAUCAUAACUUAUUUUUAUUAUAUACUGUCGAGCGUAGAGGAAAUUUCAAAGGUAUUUUUUUUUUCAUAUUAUUUGAGUUUUGCAGUAUAAACUAUUAUUUGGUUUGGUUUUUUUUUUACUCGGUCAGAAAAUUAUAUUUAUGUUUAUUUUCAAUUCAAAGUGAAUACAGGUACUUAUCUGUGUACCUACUCGUAUACUAAGAAAGCAAUUUGAUCAACAAAAAUAAUAGUUUUUAUAUAGCAAUCAAUAUUUUUGACGGUAAUGUUAUAUAUGUAUCUACAUUAACAUUUAUCUAACAAAAAUAUUGAAUUAUUAUUAUUAUUUAUUUGUUGUAUAUUAUCGAAAGUUUCAUAUAGUUAAUAAUAUAAUAUUUUUAAAGACUCGUUUAUCUAUUUCUUUUCAUUUACUUGUACGGUAAUAGACAAAACAAACGAAGUUUUUGAAUGUUUUGGUUGAGCGUUUGGUAUUAUUUUAGAUUUUGAGUGGUGUGAACAAGCUUUUUUUUUAAUCAUCUUUAUAAAGGAAGAAUAAUUAUUGAAAACUUGAUAUCGUGUAAAUGUAUGGUUUUAGAUAACCAAGAAUGUUUUACUAUGAUGCGUUUUUGUUUUUUCAAUAAAAAAUGUUUUUUUUUCUAAAUAUCUUGCUCCAAAAUGUUUAUGGAAAAUUUCUUGUACCAAUUUUGAUCUAGUUGAUACAACGAGGAAGCCAUUUUUUGAUUUUCCUUGCAGUUUUCUUAAAAAAAUGGGAAAAACUGGUGAUUUAUGGUUUAAUUUUUGUUUGGUUUUUCUGGAUUACCAUGAUAUAAAAAGUACAUUUAAUAAUAUUCUGCUCAGAAUUGUUUUUAAUUAGCUUUAUUUGUUUAUAUGAGUUUAUAUGGUUUAUCAUUGCGUUAUAAAUUAUAAAUCUAUAUCAUAUAUAUCCUCCCUUCCAAUUUCUCUCUUAAAACAGUGACACACCCACCAGCUGUACUAGCUAUUGUUUUUUAUUAUGAAUAGAUUAUUAUAAUAAUACAAAUGCAAUGUUUUCGAAAAAUAUUUGAUUAAACUCCUUAUGUAUAUACAGGUAAUGUAAUAAUAAUGUAUGAUGCGUAUAUUUUGUACACGUAAUAAUAAUAAAUGCAAACAAAUAAAUCUGUUAUCAAAACUUGCACUCUUGUUAUUUAUUUUUCUUGGGUAAGGUGUGGUUCAGAACCCGAUAUGGAUAUUGGAUAUUUACAUCCUCCUCAUAAUCGAAUAUAGUAUGAUGUAUACAUAGACUCAAGGAAAAAACAACCAACUUGAAUAUUUUAAUAUUAUAAUAAUAUGUCUUUAUUUUUCAAAAUCGAGGAUAUUAUAUUACUUACUUAUCUAUAUAUAACAUUCGUUUAGUUAUUAGAAUUUUAAAAAUAUUUAGACAUUUUUUUUUUUCUCUGUUGUAUAUAGACACUGCAUAUAGACAUUGUCUAUAUACUAGUGGUGUUUUCAUUCAUUUUUUUGAGAGUAUGCUAUAACUUCUUGAGCCUAACAUGGGGUAUUUUAUAUUUUUCCUAUUGUAUAGUUCUAUAAUGUUUAUAGAGAAAUAGAUAUAUAGUAGGUGUAAAUUAUUAUUAUUAUUGUCAUUUAUAAUUGUGUUUUUCCUGCUUUUAGAAAAUUAUAAUUGAUACAGCAUUAUUGGAUAGUCCGAAUUAUCACCACAAUAAUAUAAAUUAGGCUAUAUUCUCUAAAAAAAUAUUAAAUGUAAAAUUUAGUAAUACGUACCUAAAAGGCUAAAAAUAAAUGUUAUGAAAUAUUAAAAUUUUUAUAAAAAAUUAAUCCUACAGUUGAAAGUAUGUAAACUUAUUUGUUAUGAGAGUAUGAAAGUGUUAAACCUUUAAUUCCCCUCCAAAUAUUUUUUUGUAAACGUACUUGAUUAUUAUAUUAACGGGCCAUAUUAGUAUUCAAAUAUCAUGAUAAUUUUUUUUUUUACAGCAUAUAUCUAUACCGAGGUUUUUGAACAAAAUGUUGAGAACAUACAGCGUAUAAUGUAGUGAACCCUAUAAUAGAAACAUCACCGUUUAUAUAUGAUCAAUAUAUUCAAAAAAAUCAAUAAAAUUUAGAAUUUAAAUUUAUAUAUCAUACAUUAUACAUGUAUGUACAUACGUACAUUGAAAUUUUACUAUAUUUUACUAAACUAACGAAACAUAAAUCGAUGAAAUCUCUUUUGUGCAAUACUCGAUAAUAAUGUAUGACUUUGUUUUUUUUUUCUGCUGAGUACUUUCUUAAUAUUCGUAUUAGCUAUACAAUAAUCUACUUAUGUUUUUAUCUUCUAAUACAUUUCGUAAACCCAUGUAUAGUAUAAUAAAUGCAUAUAAUAUUUUAUGUUUUGUUAGUAUCGUGGUUAUAAAAUAUUUAUAUGAAUAUUAUAAUAUGACGCGAUGUUAUUUUGUUUAACAUCGCGCAGGCUUAAUUGCAUUGUUAUGUAUAAUUUCAAAGCAUAUUUAACAUUUUUGUAUGUACCCAUUGCGAGUUUAUCACUGUUGUAAUCUGGCUCAAUCUGAUUUGUACCUGGGUUAAAAUUCUGUAUACAAGCCUACAAUAUUCGGUUCCAAUAAGGUUUAGACUAAAUUCUCCUUCCGUUAUUUGAAUGACUGUUUAUUAUUUACUUUUUACAAUUCGUAUCAUUCAAUUCAAAUAAUUUUCUUUUGUAUCUACCCACAAAAGAAUAUCGAAAACAAUAUUCCAUUAACGAAUUCGAUAUAACGUAGGUAUAAAUUAUUUUAGGUGUACGUAAUAAUUAUUUAACGAUAAAUUUAAAAUCAAUUAGGUAAUGUUCGUCGUCAUUCAUUUAGUUUAAAAAAGGAGUACAGUUUUCAAGUUUUUAAGUUAAUUUCAGCGUACUAUAUUACUAUGUAGUAUAUAUAUUGUACAUUAUUAUAAUAUGGAUAAACUUUGUAGGUAUAUUUUUUAAAAUAUCUCAGUAUUGCUAUACGCCAUAUAUAUUGGUAUUUGGUAUCGUUUUACAUUUUGAACGGAUUGAGAUAAUAUUAUUAGUAAAUGUUUUUUCAUAGAUGGCUAACUAAACCCGAACAAUAUUUUGAUUUGAUAUUUAUUUUUUUAAUAUUAUAUUGAAAUUUCAUGGAAAUCGUGAGAAAUAAAGACAAUUGUAUAUUCCGAGCAGCAUUUAAAAAUGAUUUGAAAAAAAAAUCGAUUAAACUCAAAAUUAUAUGUAAUAGGCUAAACUAUGUAAUAAUUAUUAUAAACGAUUAUAUUGUAUACGCCUACAAGGUAAACGAUACUAGAUAUUGUUUAGCCAACACCCGGUUUCUGAAUUUCACAUACACACCCAAAAAGUAAUAUUUUUAUAUACCUACCUAUGUAAUAUUUUGGACAGUGUCGUCACAUCAUACACAUUGUUACGUAUUUUCAUGAUAACAUUUUUUACACAAACCUAUGUGACUAUAAUUUUAAGGUAACUAUUACAAUUUACAGAAUAUUUAUAUAAUAAUUUACAUAAUUAGUACAUUUUUAAUUUGUAUUGGUACUUACAAAUUACAAUAUCGUAGGUAGUUUCUCUAAUAUUCCGUACUGUACUAAUAUGAAUUAAUAAUAAUACAAAUAUACCGUACUACGAUCAAUUUAAAUUUAAUUAUCUGGUUUAAUUAUACACAAUAAAACGGUAUAGGCAUCGACGGCAAAUAUUAUUUUGUUAAUUUUUAUUUUACAGAAAUUGUACAUUGUAUUUAAAAAGUACAUAAUAUGCAUAUACAGAUAUUAUAUUAUAUAAUAUUAUCAGCUUGAUUUUUAACUAGUGAACCCAUAAAGUUUCAAUUUGCCAUUGAAUUCAAGGCCCAUUGGCCUUGAACACUUUUGGUUUUGGUCAUCGCAGUAACAAUAGUAAAAAGAUGGAUACUAACAGUUAUCACUAUAUACGACCACCCAUGGGUCCCUCCCUAUAUGAACUGAUGACUACCGACUGCAGCUUCAAUCCAGUAGCGUAUCUGGAGCUCAAUCAAGAAGGUCGCGGCUUAAAUAUUUUAAUAAAUCACAAAAUAUUGGGAGGGGUUUCCUUGUCUCAAAAAAAAAAAAAAGUAACAGUUAUUAUUUUUUUUUUUUUGUAAUUCCUCUCCUUGGUAAUUAAAAAAAAAUGUAUAUAUUAUGGUCAAAAGCCGAAAUAGGGCAAAUCUCAGAAAUGUGAAAAAUUGAAAUUUAUGGACCUUACAGUUUUGCCCAAAUGAUGUUGGUCACUACUAUAUAGAUUUGUCCUGAAAAAAUCCGAAAUAUGACGUUUUGCCCAAGUACCGUGGGACAUUUCGCGUUUUGCUUGUGCAUUUCUGAGAUUUGCACAAUUUUGGUGUUUACCCGUAACGGCCGUAACAUAAUAUACACAAUAUGUAUACUCUCUAUAUAUAUUCAUAUCGAACAAUUAUACACAAAAAUAUUUACAACAAUUUUAAAGCAAUAUUAAUCUUUUUUUCUCCUACAAACCAAUCUAUGAUUACUAUUGUUUGGACAUUCACAUCGAUAUUCCUAUGUGUAUUAUAGACAAAAAAAUUGCCCUAGUUAUAUUAUUAUCAUUACUUUUUUUUAACGCUGAUAAAAAUACCCAAGAAAUAACAAAUAACACAAUUAUAAAUACUAUAUUAUUUUAUUGCCUAUAGUCUAUAUAUUACCUAUAACCAUUAACUGUGAUUGAAAAAUCACAGCCGAAAAAUUCCAAGGAGGGGUGAUCAAAUACGCCACUGCUUCAACCAAAAACAUUGGCCUAGUGAUAUCACUGUUAUUAGAAAUCUAUAGUUUAUUAAUUUAUGUAUGUGCACGUGUACUAUAUUUUUAUUUUUUUUUUGAUAAAAAUAUAACUGAUAAAUCUGAAAGUUAUUUAUUUUUAAAUUUUAUUUUUCGAAUAAUAUUAUUUUAAAGAUUUAUAUAAUAUGUAGUUUGGUAAAAUAAUCAGUGACACAGGUUCAUAUUAUAUUAUAUAUUAUUAUAUUGUAUGGAGAGAGCAAAACUACCUUGUCCUCCUCACUUAAAUUCCAACCAGUCCUAUAUAUAUAUAUGUAUAAUAAUCAAGUUUGUAUGUCUCCUUUGUUUAAAAUCGCAUUCUUCAUCGGUUACAAAAAAAAAAAAAAUGAAACGAAGGAAAUUCGCAAAUUAAAUAACUAUUAAAUAACAUAAUAGAGAAUCAACAUCAGAUGCAGUUAGUUACCCAAUAUAAACUUAGAUUUCCAACAAAUAAAAUAUAAUGGUCAUCACAUUACAAAUUGUAAUAAAUACUAUAAUAAAUAUUAAUAUUACAGGUGGAUUCCAUUCGUGAUCGGUUACUUUUUUUAUUUCUAACAAAAUUAUGCACGAAAAAUAUUUUAUUAAUAAUAUACUACCGCUUUGAAUUAAACAUGAGAAAGACGAUAUUAAAGCCUAACAUUGAACAAUUAUGAAUAUCUAUGAAAUUCACAGCUGACAAAAUGUCAAACAUUAAUAUUGCUGUUGUGACAAUUUCAUCGUUUUAGAUUCUAGCCGUGGCUUAUAGAAAUUAUUGUAGAAAUUGUAUUAUGAUCUUGGAAUUUAAAUUUUAACAAGCUCUGAUGAGAUUAUCAAAUGCCUCGUUAAUCGUGAUGGACCUUGGAUAGGUUAAGGCUCAUAUUAUUAUACGGGGACGAAUUAUUCCCUGUCGUCAAUAUAAUAUACCAGUGAUGCGUCGCUGAAAAUAAUAUAAAUAUAACGCAGUCAACCCAACUCGCUAAAUAUUUUUUAUCCUGAAUUACUAAUAAACACUUAAAAAAAAAAUGUAUACUCGUAAAAUCAAUUUAGAUUAAAUUAAAUGUAUUCAGACAAGUUUCACAAUUUAUCGGUUUUUCAAAAUGUAUACAACUAUAAAGUAUUACAUAGAUAACUAGCACCAAUCGAAUUGUGUAUCUAAACCUAAUAUUAGUUUAAUAUUUUUUUUGUUAAAGUUUCGCUGCAAAAUAACUUUAAAUCGUUGUAAUAACUAAUAACAAUUCUUAUUCCUCCAGUAAAAUAUUUCUUGGAAUAAGAUUUCCUUAGUCUAACUGGUACAUUAUUUUACUUCCGGACAUUAUUGUUACUCUAACAUUUAUAUUGAUCAGGAAGAAGAAAUAUCAUUUGAUGGAAAUUCGUAUUCCCCUAGCAAUUAUUGUUAUUAUACUACUAUUGUUAAUAUACUAAUACCUACCUAUAUUACAUUAUUAUUAUUUAAUCACCUUUUAUUAAUUAUUUGAUUGAUUGUUAUUUUUAAUUAUAAUUGCUUUGUGAAUAAAUUAUUUUAUUAAUAUCAUCGAAAACUAUGUUAAUUCGGUUUUUAAUUAUUAUUGACAUUAUUGUGAUUAUUAUUAUUGCAUUUCAAAUUAGCAUAUCACAUUCAAUAUAUUAUUAUUUUUGAACUUUUUUAGUAUUAUUAUUAGGUAUUUAAUAAUAAUAAUAAUAGUACUCCAGGCCAAGUAUAUUUUUUUUUUACAUAUUUAUUUAAUUUUAUACGGUUUUCAUUCAUCUCGCUUUCUCUGUCGGUGGGUAGAAUCUUGCAAUCGAUAUUUUAUUCACUUUCCGUAUUCUGAUCGACUUGAAAUUUUGCAUGCAUCCGUGUUUUCUAUGACAAUACAUAUACAAUUAUUUCAGAUGAUUAUACAAUAAUACAUUAUCAGAUUUCGUUUUCGCACCAUGGAUAGACCACUGUUGAACGUGGGUAUUUGGAAAAGGUAUACAUUUUGGCACUUGUCAAUGAUGUAAGAAGCUGUCUUAAACUCGCCAUUGGUAUUAGGUUUACAAAUUUACAACAUUUGAACUAACCUGUCCCACUGUAUUUCAUUACCAGAUUGUAAAUUUAUCUGUACAACAAUUAAUACAUACACACAUAUUAUUUUGUGUAAUCGAAUUCAAAUGCAUUGCUGAUUGUCAUCAUCUCGUAUUAAUUUAAAACUUCUUCUGUGUCCAUUACGUUUGUUAUCUUUAUCACAUAUUUAUUCGUUGAGUCUAUUAUACUAUAGUAUACAUAUUAUUUUAAAUAAAUUUAUGUUAUAAGUACUAUAAUAUGUUAAAAAACAAUAGUUUAUUUUCGUAAACAAAAUUAUUAGAUAGGCUAAUUAUUCAUUAGAUACGGUAAUGCUCUUAUUUGUGUGUUCUAUACGUAAUAUAGUAUUAUAAAUGUAUUAUUUAAAAUAUAUUUUUAGCUAAACUUCAGUAUUCUAAUCGUGGAUGAUUUUAAAAUGUUCAAAGUCUUACAUUACAAUGUAUGUUAUGUAUUUUUUUUGUCUAUAAUCUGUACAGUUUUUAAUUAAUUAGAUAAUAUUUUUUUCUCGAUCAAUUUUUACAAACAAAAAACCAACGUGACCAUCAUUUUAUAUUUUUGUAACUGCAUUGCUAUGUAGUUACAAGGGUGUCAAACCUUGUUUUGAGAUAAGUGCCAACAAUUUGCAAUUAUACGAUUUAUAUAUUAGACAUUUUUUUUGUUCAUGUCUUGAACAAAAAUUGCAGAAAAAAAUGUUACAAAUUUGAUGGUUUUAAAAAUAUACUUUACUUAGUGUUAAGAGUAAUCUUCAUUUCUAGAGGAAUUUUAUCAUUAUGUAAAAAUGUAUACAAUUUUCCUUAAAUUUCUUAUAUUAAAAUUUUUAAACAUAUAUUAUGUGUAAUAUACAAUAUACAUUGUAUAUAUAUUUAAUAUAUAUAAGUACCUAUAUUUUUUUUGUUUAUACCAUUUGUUUUCUUUUAGUGUGCCAUUGAAAUUCAGCCAAUGUGCUACGCGUGCCAUAGCUUCGCUACCUCAGCUUUUAUAGUAUAAUAAAAAAAAAACAAACGGAUACAAUUCGCACGAUGAGUGGGGUGGGUCACUGUUGUAAGUGAGAAUUUGGGAAGGUAGAGGGGGAAUUUAAUAUAUAUCUGUACGCAAACAUUAAUCAUUGUUAAUGAAAAACAAUUCUGAGUGGAAUUCAGUUAUACAUAUUUAAUAUUAUAAUAUUUACGAUUCUAAAAUAAUACACUUUAAUAACACUUUAAUACACUAAUAAUACUCUAAAUUUUUCUGUUUUUUCCCGAUUUUCUCAUUUAUUAGGAAAAACUCUGGGUAAACAAAAAAAUUACCCCCUAAAAUACCACCCCGUCAGAUUACCGUUAAAACUUUUAUAUUUUGAUCAUUAGAAUGUAUUUAUUCAUAUUCUAUAUGACUUUUAAAUUAUAUUUUCUACUUAAAAUCCUAUGAUAAUUUAUUUUGUAUUAUCGUAUUUAAUCUAUGUGUAUUAUUGUCGUUAUUGUGGUUAAACGAUUUUUUAAGUGCAUAUUAUUGUUAUUUUUGGUUUUUAAUUUAUUGUUGAGUAUUUUGGUAUGAUUAUAAAAGGCACUAUAAAAUAUCUACUUAUACGUAAAAUAAUAAUUUUUUUUUUUUUUAUUCGAAAUGUUAUUGCCUUGUGUAAUUUGUGUACGAAAAACGUUUUCAGAGAACACUAUACAAUAUGCAGUUUGUCGUCUCUGUUUUAUAAAUGACAUGCUGACAAAAUAUUUAAAUUCAGCUGAACCAGUUUUAUUAUUUUAGUUUUAAUAUUAGAAUUAACUAAUAAACUUUAAUUAUUAUCAAACUUAGAAAAUUACCAAUGUUUUUACGCUGAUUUUUUCCUAUUAUAGAGCAUUUUUAAAUAAUUAUGGUAUUUUAUACACUCAUAUAUUUCGCUUAAAAAUUCGAAUAACGAAAAACACCAACGUACAAUCAUAAAUAAUGUUCUUUCAUUUAAGUUUGAUAGUGUAUCGAAUUCAACCGUAUAUUAAAACUAACAGCCCAAAAAUGGUCUUCUGAAGGCCAAUUUGUGUGUUUCCAAGAUUCAGGUAACAAAUGCAUGUGUAACGUCCUCUUAACAAAUUAUUAUAGCCAUCGUUGACUUCUUAUUAAUCAACUAAUGAGUAAAAUACUCAUGUUAUUUUUAUGAAGUUUGUCUUAAAUACGGUAAUAUUAUGAAUUUCGAAAGCUACCUAAUAGUUUUUUUUUUUCUUAUGCACGAUUAACAAGUAUUAUUCAAACACUAUAAAAUCAUAUAAUAUUAUUGUUAGUCAAUAAUAUUCCAUAAACAACUCUCGAGUCUUAACUCUAAAGCAAUGAUAAUUUUUAGUCAUGUAUUAUCUAUUGCUACUUUAAAUACUUUACUUACAAUUAUCGUUUGAAAUGUGUAAUUUUAUUAUUUAAUUCUGCACUUUGUAAAAUAAAGUAUUAAUGACGAUUGAAAGAAUAAUCUAAAUCGUUUGUUGGUUGAAAGAGGUGGUAGAAACAUUUUACGAUGUUUUUAUAAAUACUUAAUUUCUAUAGUAAUAUUUUAAAAAGUAAAAAUAAUUGUGUAGGUAUACCUAAGUUAUCGAAUCAUCUUAAGAAAAAAACCUCCGAAUACAAUAAUUCGAAAUAAAAAUUAUCAAUCACAAACCAUAAGCCCAUUAAGACAUUUCUCCUUCCCUCUCCCCAAAAAAUGGAGUAAAUAUGGAAAUAGGUUUAGAAAAAUAUUUAAACACACCGAAAAGAGUUCAGUGAAAAGUGAAAAGGAAAACGUUAUUAUAAUAAUUAUUUUCGAUUGAAAAUUCUUCUUGAAUAAUUUUACACGUUUUGCAAAAAUUAUUUUCAUUUAAAUUAUUUUGCUUUCCGGUAAUCGAUCAUAUAUAAUAGACGACUUUAAUAAUUAUGAUUCGUGCAUGAUGUAUUUUUAUUGAAUCGUGUUUCUCCCUCAAAAUUAAUUAUAUUUAUUGUUAUUUGUUAAUUUUUUUUUUUUUAGUUCUUAUUUGUCUGUCAAUUACUAACUCUAUGUAUGUAAAAGCGUCAAUUUUUUUUCUACAAAUUAUCAACUAUUAGAAAGAAACGUUUGCUCAAACGUCCAGUCCGAUAAAAAAAAAAAAGAGCUGAUACUGGGGAUGGGAGUGGCCACUGUUGUAGGUAAGAAGUUGGGUAGGUAGGAUACAUAAGGUUAUUUCAUUUAUAUCUGUAAUCAACGAUAAACCUUUGCUUGACGACAAAAGACGAUUCCGAGCGCAGUUCGGUAAUAGAUAAUUUGAAGUACCGUAUUUUUUUUUUGCGAUUUUCGUUUAAAUUUGAUUUCUAAGCGAUUAUUUAAAAAAAAAAGUCGGCCAAUGAUUUUAGAAAUUUUACCACGUUUAUGUCUAAUAUAAGUAUUAUUACCAAGUUUUAAGUCUCUACGUGUAUUUAUAACAGAAUUACAGAAAAAAUCUUCCCAAAAAUUAAAAUUCCUUAAAAGUUCAAAAAUGGCUCAACAUUUUUAGCAUGAUACUGUUAGAAAGUAAAUCAAAAAAGCAAGAAAAAAAGGUAUUUUGUGAUUUUUCGAUUAAAUCAUUUUUUCUGGUAGAAAACGUCGUUGUAUUUAUAAAAUAAUGAAAUCGUGAAAUUAUAUGUUUUUCCCUACUUAAGUGCAUUUAUUUAAAAAAUGGUGUCGAAAAUAAAAUAUUACCUUUUUAAAGUACAAUCUAGACAACUUGAGCUUUCAAAAAAGUUACUAUACGUAAAAAUCGGAGUAAGUUAACUAGGAAAAAAUUUGUCCACAGACUAGAAGAAGAAAAAAAAAAUAAACAUCUUAAAAAAUCAAUGGUCCCUCGCUACGCUUGGAAUCUAAAAGACCACGAUUAAUUUUAAUAUUAAUAUUAUACACUAUUAUACAAAUGAAAAUUUCAGCGCAAAACGAGUCCUUUUUAUUUAGAUUCAGUUUUUCCACGUUCCCGUGUUGGUAAGUUAACAGCGGUAAAAUAAUAACACUACGUUCAUUAAUUAUUUUUUAUUAUUAACUUUUUUUUUAUUCCUGUGUUAGUAAAAUUUCACACUUUUAUUUUCACCCCGUUUUCCUCGUCGGUCGUCGUGUUACGGUUACAAUCACAAUUGUUUCUUCAUAUCGAAAAUUCACACUUGAUUGGUUGUCGAAAAUGUGCUCGAUCGGGGUUAACAUAAUUUUCCGAUUGGCCUUUACCUAUAUAUCGUCAUCGGCAGUAGGUAUAGGUGUCAAAUUAAAUCUCGAAUUUACUUUACCGUAACAUUUUGACAUAAUCGUUGUAAACGAAUUACCUAAGCUCCCUAACAUGCAUCUACGGUUUUUAUUUUGCAAGCGUCUACAUCGCGAAUUAUAAUAUAAUUAUAAUUAAUAAAUACCAAUGUCUUUUAAUUAUUACGAUUUUGAUACUAACGAAAUUAAAUAUUAUAUUAAUCUUCUGCAGUGCAUUUGGGUACUGUAAAUCCUCUUUGGAGGGUUUGGCCUAAUGUGAUACAGUAUAAGCAGUACAGUAAGUACUAUACAAUCUCGUUACCAGGUAUUAAACCAAGUCACUGUAAUAAAUCAUUAAUACACUAACCUAAUCUAACCCAGCAAAGGUACUUAAAAAUCACUUUUAAUUGCUAUUUUUCAAUAAAUAGGCGCAUUAUACGUUUUUUUUUUUUAUAUAUUUUUUUUUUAAUUUUUUAAGUUUAGCCUCGCUCUACAUUGGUUCAAUUCAUUUCAAGAGUGACUUUGUUCGUAUUUCCUUAUUCAAAACAUGAACGGUCAUUAUUAUUAUUAUUAUUAUUAUUAUUAUUAUUAUUAUUGGAAAUAAUUAUUACUCGCAUUGUCUUAAAGUCCGAAAAAUCAUGUAAUUUUAUAUUCAAUGUGUACAUAUCUAUAUUUAUAAUUAACUACUAAAUAUUAAUAGUAUUUGUGAAAUAUUUAUUUAUUUCAUAAAUUGAGUAAUAUAACAUUAUAGGUAUAUGUUAACAUAUAUAGUUUGUCAAUAAUAUUAUAAUACUAUACAUAGAACGCAUACAUGCGUUUUUUUUAUUUACCGUGUACAAUAAUAUCAACAAAAAAAUACGUGGUUGCUUAUAUCUAUGAGUUGUCGCCAAGUUUGUUUCGUAAUUAAAGUAUUCCAAAGUAAACAUUUUCACAAAAGGAUCUGUUUGAUUAUUUAUAUAAUAUUGUACGAUGACGAUUAUUUUUAAGGUCUAAAAAUAAAACCACUUUACACUUACUAGAGUACAUAAUAUCCUGGUAUCCAUUAAUUCAAUGUAUAUUAUAUAAUAUGAAUAAAGAAAACUUCAUAGGUUGUAAAAUUAUUUUAUUAUCAUUUGUAUGUACAAUAUUUUAAUGUGACAAUACCAAUUAUUGUUUUAGAAUGUGUUCCAUGAAUUUAACCAAACUGGUAUUGACUAAACCACUGGGGUCAGACAUGUCAUCAUCAUCAUUAACUAUAGCUGUAAAAAUGCAAGUGAGUAGUUCACACAAAUUAAAAUAUGUAACCAAAUUAUAAAAAAAUUAUCUUUAUUCAAUUUUAACUUAUUGAAUCAUAUAUUUAUAUAAUAUUUGUUUUCUGAAUUUUAAACAUAAUAUGAUUAAGGGAUCGAAAAGAACUUUGCGAACAAAUGAACUGCCAUUGACUGUAAACGGAUCUUUAGAAAUUGAAUUACAGUUGAAUUUCUGUCUCCAAGUAUUUGCUUUUUAUAGUUGUUAAAAUAUGCAUAUUAUUUGAAACCCAUUUUUGUUUGUUUGUUUGUUCUGUAGUAUCCCCACUUUUUAAAAAGGGAUGUUAAUAAGUUACAUGUUAUGCUUCAGCGCCGAAAGAAAUACAAAAAUCGAACUAUUCUUGGUUUCAAAACAUUGGCUGAAGGAAUAAUCAAUAUGUCACUUGUAAUUAUAUGGGCUUGUUAAUAGGUGUAAUUAAUAAUAUAUUGUUUAAAUGUUUAACAUAUUUAACUUUAAUUCAGGUUCUACAAAGACCCCUUGAUUUGGAGUUAGAACUGCUUAGUGAUCUCAAAGACCCAAAAUCUCUUAUUGGUCGUGUGUACAUCAUGUGUUUAAAUAGCCAACCGGUGGAUCAUGAAGAUCCAACCAAACAAGUAACAGGUGAUUGAUUAUAGACAAAAUUUGCCUAAUAUACAAGUAUUGAGUAUUUUAUGUUAUGGAGAAAUAAUUGUAACAUCAGUCAGAUUGUGUUAAAUUAAGUAAACAAUUAGCUAAAAUGCAUGCCUAAUGUUAAUGUUAUCCAGCUUGAAUCAACACUAUUCAUUUAUGGUUGUCAAUAUAUAUAUAAAUAGGUACAAUGUAUUUUGUAGGGAGGGGACAUGAAUAUUCAGAUGAAGAUGAAGAAUUUAGCAGUGGAGAAGAAGCAUCGGACUCUGAGCCAACUUUAGAUGAUAGGCGACGCAAAAAAAAUAUUGCAACUGGAAACGCUAGAGUAGGGUUUUAUUACUGUUAUUAUUAUUUAUAAUAUAGAUUAAUCAUACUGAAUAACGUAAAUAUUAUGAUAAUUUAUUUGUUAUAUUUGAUUAUUUACAACAUAACACAUAAUUUUGUUUUGUUCAACAGCAAAGAAAUCUAAAACAAAAAUUUAUUGCGCUUCUGAAAAGAUUUAGAGUCAAUGAAGAUUUGAAUUCAUUGGAAAAUGGUAGAGACACAAUGAGUCAAAAGUUGUCAGGUAUUAGAUUUUAUAAUUUUGAUGUAUUCCCACAUUUGUUUAUCUACAUUUGGUUUAAUUAUAUAUGUAUAUAAAUUGUUUUUUUGUCAGGAGGUGACAUGGAUCCAGCUGACAUUGAAGAUCUAUUUGAAGAACUCGAAGAUUUAAGUGAUUCUGGGCCUGACUUAGAUACAUUAUCAAUACUAUCCACGCCAAAACCAUCGCUUCGUCCAUUUUUUUCGAGUUCUCGUACAAACAUGAUACAUGAAGGUCUCUCAGGUUUGUAGUUAGAAGUUUAAUUCAGGGUAUCUCAAAACAAGAUGUGUCAUUUUAUGUUAUAAGUCUUAAAGUUUCAAAAUAUAAUUUAAAAUUUUAAUUUAUAUAUUUAAAAUUAUUUUUAUUUACUGAAUAGUAAUUGUUAUUAUUUAAAUAAUAACAAUAUUUUUUUAAAUCAAUAUUUUUCACUUUUAAUAUAUUUUAUUUGUAACUUUUUUAUUUGACAAUAGACCAAAUAAAAUAGUUCUAAGUUCUUAAUUUCUAAUACUUAAUUUUAGCCUUUUAGGUAUCUGAGUGGUCAAUUUAUUAAUUUAAUCUAACCAUGUUAUAAUGUACCAUACAUAUUAUGAUAGGUAGUACUAUUCAGAAUUAAAUAUGUAGCUACUUUGCAAUAAAAUAAAAAAUAAAUGUAUUAAUGUCUUAAUAUUAUGUGUAAAAACAUUCAAUGAUAUAAAAUUUGUUAUUUAACUAUAUUAAAGUUUUAAUUUAUAAUUUAGACAAUUUUGACUUCGGGUGUAUCAUAAUAAUAAAACCAUUUUACAUUUAAUUGUUUUUUAUACAAUAAUUUAAUUUAAUUGUAAAAAAAAUAAUUGUAUAUUAUUGAAAAAUAGCACAAAAUAAACUUAUAGAUAUAUAAUUCUAAUUAUAAGAUUAUCCUUUUGCGAAAUAAAAAUAUUGAAUUAUAAUAUUAGUUCUAAACAUCUAGUUUUGAGGUACUUAACAUAUUUCAAUACUUAAAAUUCAUUCAUUAGACAGUUGAAUACAUUAAUUUAUAUUAUUUAUAUAUAUAUAUAUAUAUAUUUAUAUUACUGAUACUGCUUGAAUAUCAAUUUUUGUUAAAAAAAAACCUAUUAUAAUAUUUUUUUUAACAAAAUAUAAGGUAAAUUUUACCUUGCUGAUUAAACAACAUGUUUUAAGUAUUUAAGAUCCCAUUCUGAAAAAUUAGCAUGUGAAUGAUUCCUUCAGUUUGAUGGCUCUAAAUUCGAUGUAUAUAUGCAUAUUAUUUUACUAAUGGCUAUGUGCCAGUGAUGAUAGAUUUACCUACUACUUUCAUAAUUGGAUUGAUCUUAUUGAUUAAUUUAAUUUGUAAUUAAUUUUAUACUUUCCAAAAUGUGUACAAGAAGCCAUAAUAGCGGUAUGCUUUGCCAACAAACUAUGUAUUAUGAUUUGCGCUUGUUUAAGGACAGCAAAAAUAUCUUAUAAUACAAAUAUUGCCUAAUAAACAGUGGCGUAUUUUGAAUAUCUAUUUGGGUGGUUCCCUAAAUUUGUUAUAUAUAUAUCUAGGUGAAAUGUUCUCAUCUAUAGUUUGAUUUUUUAAAUUUAUUUAUUGUAGAAUACAUUUAGUGAAUUUAGUUUUAAUGUGGAGCGAGCAACAUGAGUUUAUGUUUAUUAGUUUAUCGUUUUAUACAUUUAUAUUACUGUAGGUAGACAGAAUUGGAUUAAAAAAUUCUAUCUAGUAAUUUUAUAGAAACGCAAUAUAAUUUUCGUAUACUUUUAAGAGACAAUUUAAUUCCCCCCAAUCCGUUCUAAAAACUGAAAAUGUAAAAUAAAUGUAAUCACUUUUGUUCUUCUCGCUUUUGAAUCUAAGUUACCAUCUUCAUUGGAAGUAGUUUUUUCGGAAUGCUAUACUCUAAAUAAAAGGAAAAAAAAUGAAAUGAAAGUUCUUUUUUUUUUUUGUUUUAUUAAAUUUGUAUCACAUUGGGCUGUUUAUUUAUUUUUUUAAUGCCGAGGGUAUCCAGAUGCGCACAUCUCAAAAUACGCCACUUUUAUAAAUAACAAGCUUCUGCAGUUCUUGUGUACGCGUUCAGACAUAAAAAAAAAAACACAGUUUUGUAGUUUAGAAAACGUACUACCUACUUAUCACAUAAAUCGAAUACCACGAAUUUGGGAUACACAACAUCACUGGUAUUACAUAUUUUUUCAUACUAUCUAUGUAAUAUAUUAUUAAUACAAAAUAUAUAUUUCUGUUAAGUUAUUUUUUUUGUAUUUUUUACUUAAAUAAUAUACAUUUUACUAGAUUAAUAUAUUAUCCUAAUAGAUUUUUGUUUUUUUCCUUAAACGGGUUAAUAAUAAUAUAUAGGUUAAUUAUUAUGUUGUUGUUUUUUAAAAUUUUGUAAAUAGUAUAUAAUAUAGCGAUGGACUUUACUGACUAAUUUCUUAUAUUUAUUAUUUUUGGAAUACGAUAUUCACAGCCGAAUGAUUAAGUAAAAGUUAACUAUACUUGUACACUAGGUAUAACGUAUUUCAUAAUAUUAUUUUAUUGUGUAUAGACGGUUAUAGAAAAUGAGAAUAGAUUUGUUUUGUUUUCAUAUCGUUCUGGCGUUAAGCGAUAUUAAUCGCGUAUGCAACGAUCGUGAAAUUAAUGACGAGUUCCGCCGGGUGCAGAUUUUCGUGUAAACAUUUGUUCGUUUAUAAUAAUGAGGGUAGUUAUAUACGAGACUCGGUUUAUUCCGUACACGUAACCGUCAUCAGUCACCACCGCCGCCAUAAAUCAGUGCGCUACUAAUCUAUCACGUUGGUAAAAACUUGAUAACAAAAUUUCCGUCAGUUUAUAAUUUUGCCAUUAAAUAAGUAGGUAUGUGGUCUUUUUUUGCUUUCUAUUUAAACAAAACGAAUUUUAAUAAUUACAUUGCAAAUUUAAAAACUUUCAGUAAUCGAUUUAAUUUUCAGUGGUUAAAGUUGGUAGGUCGCCUUCUUAUUUAACGUAUACUUAUCCGUCCUCUGUAGUUUCAGACUUCGAAGUUUGGAGGAACGGUUUAUAGCGGUUAAAUUAUUACUGAGGUAUUUUUAACGGCAUUUUAAAAACUCAAAUUAGUUUUAUUAAAAAUAAAUUCUUUAAUACUUAUCGGAUUAUACAUAAUAUAUGUUUUACUUUUUAUUUACUCAGCAGAAAUAUGCCUAGCACAAUAGGAGGGGGGCGGUUGGUGUUUAUUUUAAAACCCUGUAGUGUAACAUUUAUAUAAAAAAGGUUUCGCGAGAGAAAAACUUUUUGAAAGAUUUGCCUCUAUGAUGGAUUUCCUAAAAGUUUGAUUGUGUUUAGCUAUUUAUCGGGUUAUCUUUAGUUAUUUUUGUUCAAUCAUCCCUUGAUUUACCGAGAAAAUACGCGUACAAAAUUGAAGUACUCUCACGCAUGCUGCCGUUUAUUAAUUAUUUAUUAUUAUAUGAACGCUAACAGUUUGUCAGUAGCUGUAGGGGUCAAGGGGCUUAGUGCAAAUAAUACAAAUUGAAUUCCAUAUGAUUUGUAUACUCCUCUCUUUACAAAUCUUGGCUACGUCAUUAUCAUUUUUAUUUAUACUGUUUACGUUAUUCGGCUGUGAAUGUAAUAUUUUAAAUAUAGAUUACCUGUAAUAUUGUCGUAUUUACUUGAUUACGACUUGGUUUUUUUGGAAAAUAAGACAGUUUAAUCGGUCAAGUCUACCUUAAUCAUAUAAACCCAUUAAUAUUAUAGAAGCUGUGUACUUCGGGGGGUGGGGGUUACCAUCUUCCCAUCCACUCCCCUAAAUAUUUCAUAUUUUAUAUUAUAAGAUAAUAUGCACAUCACAUUAAGUCCAUCGCUAAUAACUACUACACUGUAUACUCGUAUAUUGCUUAAGUAUAGAUACCUACAUGUUAUUCUUAUUGUAACACGAUAAUAGACUAUGCAUAUUAUAUUAUAAUAUCCGAAAUAUUGUUUGAAAAAAAAACCGUUAAUGUUCACAUUUAAAUUAUUUAUAAUAAUAAUAUUUUGUUCACACUUUGUGUCACUUAGGACGGCAUUCCCAUAAGAAAAGUCACACCACGAGUUUUCCGCCCUACAACAGAACCAAAGGUAUUAAGCACACACUCACUAUGAAAAAUUCCCGAUCGAAAUGCAGUUAUACCUAUAUAAGCACAAAGUAUCUUAAUUUGUUGUAUUUUUCUUUACGCCCAAAUGCACACAUCAUGCCACGUUUAAUAACAAUAAUAAUAAUAUCACUAACAACUUUAUAAUAUAAUAAAUCUAUCUAUAUAAUAUUAUACCUAUCUAUAAUAAUACACUGUGUAAGACUGCAAUAUUUCAAUCGUGAUGAAAUGAUUCCUCAUUUUUUUAUUUUUUCAUUUUUUUUUUUGUUCUUAUUUAAUAUUCGUGUGUAAUAAUAAUAAUAUAAUAUAAUAAACACGAUAUUACCUACCUAUCAUUUUCUUUUGUUUAACAAAACUUUCAUAAUAAUAUACCACUACCAUUAUAUACAUCAUCAUUGUACACUAUAUAAUAAUAAUAAUAAUAAUAAUAAUAAUAAUAUUAUGCAUGUUUUAAUAAUCAUUGGCGGAUAUUAUAUUAUUUUUUUAAAUUGCAUGUGCAUCGUAUAUAAAUAUAUUAUAAUAUUACUCGAUCGCACGCGUGCACGCACACACACACAAACACACACACACACACAUACACACACAUUUGCGCAUUUAUAGUAUGAGUGAACCCGUUGUGUGAUUUGUACAUUUUAAUUAUUAUUAAGUGUAUUAUAUGUGUAGACUGCGUUUUGCGGAUUGCACGCGUCGUUGUUGGUCAAAUAUCCUCGUAUAAUUUGAUUUUUUUGUUUGGAUUUUUUUUUUUUUUGUUUUUGUUUUUUCGUAAUUUUAUUUUUAAUAUAAAGUUUGACGAUACGGCGAACCGACCGUUUUUAAUUCGGAAUUCUCGACCCAAAAGUCGUAAUACUCGUGUAGUCUGUAUACUGCGGCGGGAUCGCAUUUCCCCAGAGUAACAAUAAUAAUAAUAAUAAUAAUAAUAAUAAUAAUAAUAAUAAUAAUAAUCCGAUUGCGAAAAAAUAUAAAAUUACCGACGCGGAAAUUAUUAUCACGAUUAUUAUUAUUAUUAUUCGGAUAUCGGAUUCGUCGGGCUGGAAGUUAAUAUUUUCAAAUAAUACAAAAAAAUAAAAAUAUAUUCCUUUCGAGAAUAUUGCUGCUCGCACAGCCCAGUCGUUUAUAUAUAAUAUUAUACCUACAUACUAUAAUAUUUAAUAUAUACUAUACAUAUAUAUAUUUACAUUUUAUCGUGUAUGUGUGUGUGUGUGUGUGUGUGUGUAUAAUAUACAUUUAUGGUAUUGAUUUCGUUCGACGGUAUAAAAUUCCGCCGCGCGUCUCCCGGUUGCAUAUUAGCAUUCUGGGAUCCGUUUCUGGCACCGGGCAAUUCUCUGGUUGGCGGCGGCCGAUACAAAUUUACCACGAUAGUAUCAUGUUAUGAUGCUGUUAUUGAUUUCGAAUUGCUCCGUCUUUGACGUCGAUUUCGUCAAAACUUGAGGUCGCACCAUGAUAAUUAAUCGUGUGAUAGUUGACAUCAUAAUCGCGUAAUAUUAUAAUAGUUUACUUUCGGUAUUACUGUGAUAUCGCCGUUUUAACGAGGGAAAUUAAUUUAUAUUCUAUUGUAUCUAUGGUAAUACGUUCGAACCAAACGAUUUAACGCUCAUUCAUACGUAUGUAGUAAUGAAAAAUACAAGCAUUUGUUGUUCACAUUAUGAUAAUAUUAUCAUUAUAACGAUAAAACGCAUGCCGGAUAGUAUGAUAGUAUAGCACAACUCGCAUGAUAACAGCUAUCUUGAUAGCAACUAUUACGAUUUACUAUCAUCAUGUGACCGUGGAUUCUGAUGAGCGUCUCGGGGGCAAAAUUGUGCGACCAAUCAGAAGCGUUAAAUUUGUCAUCACUAUUUUGCAAAUGUUUUUUGUUCAUUUUGUAACUCUAUGGUCUGCCACUAUAUGCGAUUUUAACAUUUGUUUGUUUGUAAAUGACUUAUUAUAAGAUAAAUGGGGAUAUUUCACACUAUUAAUAUUUUUUAAUUCCUUAGAUCCAUAAGUAAUUAGAUGUCGCUUUAAGGUUCUUUUAUAACUAAAAUGUAUUAGACACCAUUCACAUUAGCUCUUCUAUGUUACUGGUUCCAAACUCUUCCAUAUAAUUAUAUAUUUUGUAUGUUAUAAUUAAAAUAUAUUAAGUAUAACACUUGUAUGUGUAUGAAACACUUGUAUAAUUGAUGAUUAUUAUAUCACAUUAUAAUUUUUAUAAAGGAUGAUAAGAAAUGUGAUUUUUACAAAUUAUGAUAACAAAUGUGAACGCUUCUGAUUGGUCGCGCAAUUUUGCCCUCGAGACGCUCGUGGAUUUAGGGCUUUUGGUCACCUCCAUUACUGAACUCGUGUCAAAAACAAUCCUAGGUUUAUUAUGGAAAUGGAAAAUUAUGUUAGGUGGGUCACAUGAGAAAAACUACGAAAAAAAAAAAUCGUAAACAAUUUGUUUUGCGAUUGUCAGUAUCGAGCUCGAUAAAAUAGCUGGUUUUUGAGUGUAGUAUUGGUCCACUAAUCAGUGGCGUACCUGUGGGAUGUGAGAGGAGCAUUCGCCCCUCAUGGAUCUUAUAAUUAUAUAUGUGAACUGUUAUUUGUUAUUAGUAUUUUUAAUUUUUUUUUUCAUAAAAUACAUUUUAAAAAAUGUAUAAAUAUUAAAAUAUUUUCGUUAUCUAUGGUCGAACCGGGUCAAGGUUUCUGGUGUUAUCAUUUCAGCGGUUCGACCGUUUUUUCUUAUCAUUGAUUUCUAGUUACUAAAUAAAUGGGCCAGGAUCGCUUAUGCGGGCUUGCACUGUUGCAUAUUUGCCAAGAAAUAGUUAUACCAGUGGAUGAUAUCAUUUGUAUUACACAUUUAUAACAUAUUACCUAUAUUUUAAUAUUAUAUUUGAUUAAAUAAAAAUUUCUUAUUUUACAUAUGUAUGAAAAUGUUAUAUUUUACAAAUAUAAAAAAAGCCCAGUAUAUUUUACCUCCCUCUAAGAAAUGCCUGGGUACGCCACUGCCACCAUCAGUUAUUUUGUAAAUGUAUCGAUAUCCCUAACCAGAAGAGCAAUACAAUAAAACAUUAUCGCACAUGCAACGAUUACAAACAGAGAAUACUUAGGUGCUGAAUCGGAUACCAGAAUGUUUAUAUGCCUCCCGGUUUACGUAUAUAGUACCUAUACAUUAUUAUAUUGGACUGCUUUUACUCGGGAUCUUCGUCUCGCUGCCAUCAGCCGGGCGAAUUUCCGUUUAAUAUUUAAUUUUGACUCUCCCAACUACCUAUAUUAUAUUAUAAACUCUUGGCGUUUGUACCUACCUACUUAUAUAACCUAUACGAUUACAGUUCCGUCAUUCAACCCGAUCGAUAUGACACAAGUGGCACAAAUGUAAUUUACUUAAUAGCGUGCGCCACCGCCGCCGCCGCAUGAUUUUCCUUAACAUACCUAACGAUAUGAACUCUCUAGUGGUCCGUAGAUCGAAACGCUUGCUUGGUAAAUCAAAAUCUCCAAAAAUUCGUUUCUAUUUUAUAGUAUAUGGUAAAUUGUCAGUGUGGACGCUAUUUUAUGUCAAACAUUUGAUCGUUAUCGCGUUGAAUUUUCAGUCAAAUUUUCAUAGAAAAUACAGACUAUUGCAGUCUGAAAUGUCCAUUAUAAUAUUAUGUGUAUCAAAAAUGCAGAAAAGGCACAUGUUCAAAUUUUUUAAUUUUUCAAGAAAGGCAAACUUAGAAGGCAACAUAGAAGGUAACUUCUUAAGCACAAAGAUUUAUAAUAUUUCAUAAAAUUACUGUACAAACUUAUUGAUAAUAUCUAAUACAUAAUAUUGGUUAUUUAUAUAAAAUUUGUUUUUCAACUUUUUGGGAUUUUUUUCGUUAUUAAGUAAUUUUGUUUCUUAAAAAAUGUUUACUAAAUGUAAAUCUUUCAUCUUUGAAUAUCUUUUUCCCGCUACAUUUGUAGACUUUAAGCUGUUCCAUCAGAUUAAAUGAUCUCAAUCUUGGGAACUAAAGUUGUUUUAUAGGUGCGUUAAAGUGAUAAAAAUUAAGUUGAAUUUCAAUAUGAAUUUUGCAAUGUUGUGGAAAGAGUCGCAGUGAUGCCUCUAGACCUUGGCUAUGAGGGGAAAGAGAAACAAUCAAAACAAUAAUAUUAAUGUACACAAUAUUACGAUAUUUUUCAUCUUUUAGAAUUUAGAACCCCAUCCCUCAAAACACAAUUGUGUUACAAAUAGGUUACAUCAUUAAAAACAAAUCAUCAUAGUAUAUAGUAUUGUAUAAACAUUUUUUUUUUUUAAUUUCCUGUAAUAUAAAAGGUUUUACGUCAAAAUAUCUCCGUCAAAUUAUCUUCAAUAUCAAAAAAAGAAAAAGAAAUAUUUCCACUGUCCCCCAACCAAAGAGGUUUUAUUUAAUUAAGGAAAUUAAUUAAAUAAACAUAUGCAUAUAAAAAAAAAUAUUAUUUUACAUUCAAUCAUCUCUUGUCUGAACUUUUAUCGAUUAUGAUCGAAAUAAAUUAUUUGUAUUGGUUAGUUCCAUGAUAGACGGAAGUACUUAGUACAAUUAUUAUUAUCAUUAUUUCUGUCAGUUGCCUAUAUAGUAGACACCGAAAAUAACUGCGAAAAUAACUCAUAAUGAUCGAUAGUAUCACAAACAGUAUACAUUGUAUUUUAUUUAAUAAAAUUUCAACUUUAUUAAUCUGUUAAAUAUUAAAGUAAUAUUUUUAAGAAAAUGUUUUUACCGGAGAUAUUUUGUUGGGUCACCAAUAAGUCUUUAACCAAUCGUUUCUCUAGCCACAAUGUAAUCGAACCACUGUUUUUCCGUUUGCUCUCGUUCAUUAUUCGUCAAUAUAUCGUCAAUCAUAUCAUUCUUAAUUGUUAUCUCAAGGAGAUAACCGGUCUAAGCUCAACCUGGUUUAUAUAUGACCACGAAUCACCGCGGUUGUGUACGUUAUGGUUAUAUCUGUAAUUGUGCCGUGAAUAUAAUAUGUUUAUGAUUUCGGUUAAGAUCUUUUAUUGAUAAGAAAAAAAAAAAUAAUGUCAAUUAAUUUAUUGAUUAUACCUAUUUCUAGGCCAUUGUCAAAUAUGCUAAAUGCCAAAUGCCAAUGAAGGUCCACCUUUCUUGGGAAAGGGGGGGCGAUUCCACCCCUUAUCCCUCCCAAUGUUAUUACAGAAUAUUACAAAAUGUCUCUGCGUGGAUUUUGAGAUUGUUUCGAAAUUUCACUUUAAAUAAUUACGCUUUUCGUCAUUUCGAUUUAACGAGUUUCGCUAUGAUAUUCGGUGUAACCAUGUGCGGCUUCCCGUAUUAUAAGUCGUGGGCUGCUUUUGUAUUACAUAUAAUAUCAUCCGGAAAUUGCCUAAGUGCUCGGCCUUUCUUAACUCGGAUUUGGGUUAAUACGAUGACGCGGAUGUCAUUUAGACAAAAAGUAAUAACGAUAAUAAUAAUUUCAAAGUUUCGGCUAACCACGGUUAUAUAGGUAUCCCGCGGUGCUCGCCGUUGUUCCGAAACGACUGAAUACUAUACGGACUCGACCUCGGAAAUGCUUUACGUAGAGAUUGGUCGACGGAAGUAUAAUAAUAUAGGUGGGUAUUUAAUUUCCUUCCCGCAGAGACGCGACGUAGGUACGUAUUUGCUCAAGGAUUUACAGGUCGGUGGAAUUCUCGGAUAUUUUUAUUUGUUUUAGUUUUCUUUUUGUUGUCGUUUCGACGGCAGGCGUCCGUGUAUACUCCGGUUCGAGCUAAAACCAAUUUCGCAUUGUCCAAUACAUGCGCCUUACGGACAAACCGUAAAAUUUGUAAUAUAAAAUAUUAUUAUGCUGUAUAGGUACUGUGCGUGCGUACCGUUGUCGGCGACAGACAAAUACCGGGUACACAAUAUUAUUUUCGUUAUAAGACGGUAUAUUAUAUUACUCCCGGGCGUAUCGAUUUGGCGGAAAAACUUGAUUCUUUUUUUUUUUUUUACGGUCCGCACAAAAGACAAUUUCGCCGUUGUUUUUGUAAUUUUCCAUCUCGACAACGUUAAUAUUCGAAUGUUGCGUCUCGAGCACAAGAGCGAAAAACAAUUACUUACUGACGUUUUAUAUUAUGUUACACUUAUAACAUUGUUUUUAUCGGGACGGUACCUACGUCGUCUCGUAAUAACAAUUCCGCUCGGAAUGACACACAAUUAUAUUAGGUGCACAGACAAUAUCGUUUCCUACUAUGUAUAGGUAGGUGUACUGUGAAAACGAAUUUACGAUACGUUUUUUUUUUUUGUUUUUUUUUUUUAAAUUUCAAUUAGCGUAAGUGUCAAACGCAAACGCGCCACGGGACUAUUUUCUGUAUCUGCGGCACUCUAUAAUAUAGCUGCUGGACGUUUUUAACGGAGAAUGUCAUUUCGAACAAAAUAAUAUUAAUAAUAAUAAAAUAUUUCUGCCGUCUCUGCAGAAGCCGUGUUUGCGGACACGUGUGCGUCCGUAUUUCCAGUUCGUUUGCUCGUAUACUUUUUUUUUUCGAAUGUACGCUAUUAAAUUGGAAUAUUCUCGCAAAAUAUAGCCGAAAACACCGUAUAUAAAAACUGCACGGGACUUCUGGGACCACGGUUUACCCAUUAUAUGUAAUAUUUGCGGUAGUUCAUCGUCGGAGAAAUCCGGUGGCGUAAUCGGUAAUUUGUUUUGGACGAGUGGGACGCGUAUAAUAUUUUAUACAUUUUCCCGCAGUUAUAUUAUGCGAAACGGCCUCCUACGCUCCCGCAGCCGUCGUUGUUGCGUGUUGUACCGUUUUUUUUUUAUUAUUCAUUUUUUUUUUUCGUCAGAACGCGUUUGUUCCGAAUGAUUAGGUACCUAUAUUUUAUUUUUUUUCUGUACGACGGAUAAGGAAGAUAUUUUUUCCCCUUUUUUUGUUGGUCGUUUUUUCGCCGUGGAAAAAAAAAAUAUAACGGGCAAUUUCAAAAUCGCCUGCGCGUAAUAAUAAUAACGCGUAUAAAAUAUACGAAUCGACAAUAAUUAAAAAUACCCCCGGGAAAUUGUCAUUUCGCCCGUUAGUUUGUAAAUCGCGUUCGUGCGUCCGCGGCGCCUACGUAUACCUAUGCGCGCAUACCUAAUAACGGAUUACUUUCACGCAAAAAACAACGGAAAAACAAAGCGGCGAAAAAAAAAAAAAAAACAAAAACGCACGGACCCGAUCCGAUAUUAUCACGUGCGCGCUUCAAGUCGGCGACCCCAAGUCUGCGGUUAUUUUUACAACAAAACACGUAUACAAUGAACGCGCGCGUAUAUUAUUGUAUAGGUAUACCGCUUAUUUAUUUGUCACGCGGCGCAAUCGCGAUCGUGUGAACCGCGACGGCGGCGGGCGGGCUAAUUUUACGUCAGGCGAUAUUCCUAUUUGGGGGGAGGGGGGUCGCGCGACCGUUACGCGGUGGCAACACGGUCGCGUGUGUAUAUAUAUAUAUAUAUGUAUAGUAGAUAUCCCGGGGGUAACCGGCGGGUGGGUGGGGGGGAGGGGUGGUUUUCGGCGGCGGAGGGAAAGGAAUUACCCUCCGGCCCGCGGGGUAUAUCCAUUGAGCCGCCCCUCGAUCGCGCACUCGCCGAUAUCCUACGCCACGCCGUAUUUGCGCACCACGCUCCGCCGCGUCCGCGCGACGACGUUACCUGCGUCGUACAAUACACGAGUAUAUAUUAUGGCCCGCUCGCAUCGCGUUACCGCGAUUACGGCGACCGCGCCAAAGUUUGAUUUACCGUCGCCGUUAUCCGCGGCCGUCACGCCGCCGUCACGACCGGCCGGUCGCCGUAUACGUACACGCGUGUGCAGGCGCAUUAGGCGAUACGCGGCGAAAACAGGCACUCGAGGGCGUGUUCGAGUGCGGGGGGCAGACCGGCGCGCCGGGCCCGCGCGAGACGCGGUCGUCACCGUCGUCGCUCCGGGCGCGUUAACAUUUUCGGAACGUUCGGUCCAAACGAGCGGCUCUGCGGCGAUACGUUAUGCAUUGCCCUUUAAUUUCUGUCACGCCCUUAUUUUACUUUACGUGCGUUAUGUACCUACAGUUCAGGUUUAAACACCUACAUAAUAUCCAAACUGAAAAUCCAUAUUAAUACUGAGUUUUCGAUACAAGUCGCUGUUCGAAAAUCAAAAGUGGGCAUUUGACCCCGUUAAAUAAGGUCGACAAAAAACAACGGCGACAUUUUAAAGCGUAUCGUUUCUCGAAUUUUCCGAAAACUAGAUAUUAUAAUAAUACGUACUCUCCGAAAUAAAGAGUGUCUUUGACGACGUAUUGUUGAUCACUUUGUGCAAAAUUGCUACGUGGAAAACGAAAUUUCGAAAAGCAUAUCUGAUCCAUUCGAAAAGUGCGGAAUAUUCAGCGUAAAGCAAAACAUCGAAUAAUUAUAAUCCCAAAAUGAUUAGCUUUUAUAGCGGCGGUUCUCGCAGCGCGUCCGUCAAACCCAGGAACCGCCCGGGUUGGGAGGGUGGUCAUUUGCAACACCUUUUAAUAAUUUUAACUUUUCCCAUAAAUAAAAUUAAUUAUAAAUACUCCUACUUUGUUAAUUUAUUUUCACGAUAAUGGCCAAAAUAUUAAUGAAGGAUCAAGUCGUUUGGGGUUGGUUUAUUAUUUGGGGCUGAUUCACCGACGAAGAUAUGAAAACAAAGCAUUAAUAUUGGACAGUAAAUUAAUAAAAAAUAUUGAUAAUUUCCAGAUCGAGUUCUAGACGGUUUUCGAUGGAUAAAUAAAUGUAACCGAUACAUUUAUAUUUAUAUAACAUUUAUUUUAAAUUCGGAGCGAGGAAAUGCAAUGGUUUUACCUUUUUUUUAACAUCUUUAUGUUUAUGUCUUUAUUUUUUUAUACCGAGUAAAAAACGUCUACCAGAAAUCUUAUGCCGAUGUAUCAUGGUGUAGCACCUUUUCUGAAAGAAAAUUUUAUCUAGUUGGUAAUUUAAAGAGGUCAUUUUUUUGAUUUUCCGAGCGGUUUUUAUGAUAAUUUGAAAAAAACGUAGGGAUAAACGGACGAAUAGUAAUGAUUUCAUUAUUUUUAAUUUGUACGCCUUAUGUUUUCUACCAGAAUUAUUGCUCCAAUAAAAAAAUGAAAAGAGAUUAUUGUUGUUGCAUUUUUAAUCUAGUUGGUGAUUAAGAAAGUCGUUUUUUUUUGAUUUUAUCUGUGGUUUUUUUAAUAAAUGAUCAAAACCGAAAGAAAAAAAAAACGUAGUUAGAAAUGGAAAAUGUACGAAAAUAUAAUGCUUUUAUUAUUUUCAAUUUGUUUUUUUGUAGUAAUUCAGUUAAAAAUAUUCGUAGAAACUUGAAAUUUGGACAGAUAAUUUAUAAUGGCCUUUUCUAGACGUGGUAAUAUGUUCAAAACUGAGCCAUUUUUACUAUUUAUAGAUAUUUAAAUUUUUAAAUUUUUAAAAUUUAUUUUAAAUAAAGUAAUUUUUAUUCGGUAGGUACUCUGGUGAUGAAAUAGUUAGACUAAACAGAAAUAAUUGAAAAUUCAACGGGUCAACUAAAAAAAAUUGAGUAAUGUAAUUUAGUUUUUUUUUUUUUUUUAAGAAUUUAAGUAUCAAAUAUUGACGAAAAUCGUAAUAUAACCGAACUUCGCUCCGAAUUCGAUUUUCGUUACCAACGAUUUAUCAUUGCUUAUAAAUAUAAAUUAUUUAACUUGAUGUAUAAUCCUAUCUUUCUAACUUCCCACCUACAACAGUGGCACACCCACUAUUAACGUAUUUAGAACUGGUAAACAAAUGUAGUCGUAUGUAAACGUAUUUUAAACAUAUGUUGUUUUAAUAUACUGAUCAUUAGUAAAUGCAAAUUGUAAAUGUAUAGAUUGUUAGGUGGUGUGGAGGGCGAAGCCCCGUACGGUUUUGAUUGACCUCCCAAAAAUAUUUUGCACCCAGUAAACUAAUAAGCUCUGUGAACUUUCAUGGUCAAACUGUAUAACCAUUUUCCUAGAUCGAACGUCGUAGAGAAAUAUUAGUCACGCUUUAAUGUCGGGUAGCGCGUAUCGGAUUCGGGAAAAUGUUUUUCAGUAUAAUAUUUCUUUAGAAAUUCAUUUAAUUUGACGAUAGAAUAAUACAAUAUAUAUAUAUAUUUUUUUAAUAUCCUGUAGGGCUUUAUUAUUUAAACGACCUAAAUGCCUAUAUAAGUAUGUUUAACAGUGCGUUUUAUCUUACCAUACUAUAGUUGCUAAUAUAUAUUUUAUCCGUUGAUGAAUUCGCUUUUUCGAUGAAGUAGCGCCUGCUCUUAAUCUAAAUUCUGAAAAAUAAGUAGUAUGGUUUCAGAUGCUUUUGACGUACAAUGUCCUUGUAUAGUUGUCUAAUAGUUGGAUGGCCAUUAUUGGAUUGACAUGUUUAUCUAGCAUCGUCUCGUGUUUGCGAACAAACCUCGUAAACUCCUUGGAUUUCGUCUGCUAUCGCAGGCAACAUCGCGAUGAAUUACGUCGUUUUUCUCAAAUCUAGGUAUGUUAGAUUUACUGGUAUGAUCCCACAUUUGAAUAUUUCAUGGUCCAAAUCGGUUUUAUAAUGGCUACAGUGCUACAUAUAGUACGCGUUUGUUUUCCACAGUUCACUCGGAUUGGGGUCCAACUAACCAAUCGAGCUUAUAAAUUGUUUACUUUAAUCUGUAUUUUUUUCUGACGGACGUGAUGUUUUCAGUUUAAACGACAAUCAAGGUGCAUUCCAACAUAUUUGCCGAAAUUUUACGGGAUUGCAGUUUGAUUCCGUGCAAUUAACGUGUACCGAUUUAUUUUCAUUUAGCAACGUUUUACAACGUUUCGUCCAGGCAAAAAUGUUGUUUAAAGAGCAUCAAAUAUUUUUUUAUUUUUUUAAGGAGGGGGAUACUAAUUACUAUUAAGAAAUUUCGAAAUAAUUAUUCGGAGAACGUACAAAUUACCGAGAAAUAUUAAACAAGAAAAUAAAAUGACCGAUAGCGUACCUAUAUUUUUCCAGAAUUUUAUUAUUAUAAAAUUGAUAUUGGUUUUAUAAAUUAUUCUGCUGUGGUUCUCAAUCUUUUUUUAACAAUGACCCAAAUUUUCCUCGGAAAUUUAUCGCGACCCACAUUGUUUUACUUUUCAAAAAGUAGUUUAUGAAAAUAGCCGGGAAAAAUCAAAAAAGGUCCUCAUUAAAGUACCACUCCAAUCAGAUUUUCUUUGAGAAAAAGUGCUAAACUUAAAAAUGGGAGUAAAAUUGUCGGUAGAAAAGUUGUCCACAGAUAAAUCAAAUAAUAAUUAUAAUAAUAAAAAAAAAACAUUAUUGUAAAUACAUUAUUUUCCCCGCUCAGAAUCUAAAAACAUAAAUUUCUUGGAUUCUAUAUAAUUCAAAACAAUUUUCGCGACCCACCAAAAAUUAACUAGGGACUCACCAGUGGGUCACGACCCACAGUUUGAAAAAACGCUGCAUUAUAGGUUUAUGAUCUAUCAAUAUUGAUUAUAUUAUUAUAAUAAAUCAAAUGGCUUUUUCAAACUUUUUUAGGCGUCAUAUAACAACCUUCUGAUAACCUUAAUCUUAUUAUAGUUGUCCCUCAGUUAUAAGGGGGCUAUUUUAUACAGGUACUUAGACAAUUUAUACUGACUGACUGCAAAAUAAGACAUGAUUAAAAUAUGAUAAAGUAGUCUAAUAAUUAUAAUAAUUGUAUUUUAUCCUGAUAAGAAAAAUAUUGUUCCCAAAAAGUACGGUUUAGGUGAUAUUUGUUAGAAUAGACCUUAAUAAUAGUUGUAUUUAUUCUAAUAAGAAAUACAGUUUUCAAAAAAUACGAUUUAUGUAUUUCAUUUUCUCGUUUAAUAUUCCCCGUAGCAUAUUAUGUUUUCGCCAGAAAUAUUAUUCCGUUCAAUUAUAAUGAUUCCCCGACCGUACGGUCCCUUUGAAUAUUUUCCUCUGAAUUUCGGACGAUUUCGAGUUUUUCUCUUAUUGAUUUCUAGUUUCCUUGGUUACCUACCUACCUACCGUGUGACUGCAGUAUAAUAUACCUACCUACCGUGUGACUGCAGUAUAAUAUAACUACCUACCCUAUAAAUGCGAUUGACAUUCAUUAAAUUUAUUUCGGUUAGGUCGAUAAGUCUGUUAGGCGGGAAUUCACCCUCGACGGCUUUUUACUUGUUUCUCUCGCGGUAUAUAUUUUAUUCGUCGGCUUUUCCCCCCUCCCUUUACCCUCUCCAGCGUAUAUUGUUAUGUAUAUGCGGAGUACGGAUUUUGGUUAUAGACAACGCAAAAUCACCGGAAUAAUAAUAUACACUAUAUACCCUAUACGAGCUGGAUAUACCAGCUGGUAAUACUAUAAUACCGACUGACGACGGCGGUGGCUUUUAAAUAUUCGAAUAUUUUACUACCGUUCCCGGGCACGAUGACCUGCCCGGACGAAGCGAAUGAUGCGGACGUAAAAAACGGAUAUAUGUAUAAAAAAAAAGCGAAACCGUCUACAGGCGCACGCCCACGCCCGCACGCACAUACACCACGCGUGUGCGCACAAGUUCGAUACGCGACCCACGCGUGACCAUAAUAGUCCGGCCCCACCGAUAAACGUUGAAUAAUAUUACUGAAAAAGAAACGAAACGGAAAAAAAAAAGGAAAUUAUUUAUUCUAUACAUCAGCCGAGCCGGGAAUAUUAACAAUACAAUACGCGUACACUGACCGUGUGCGACACGAGUCGUUUCGUCAUUUAGUCUGGCUUCGGAGAAUUAAAAAAAAAAAAAAAAAAGCGAUGUAGAAACGAAACGAACAAAUAUUCAGAUCGAGCGAUAGGAUAAAAUAUACGAAUCUCUAUAAAUAUAUGCAAAGUUUACACGUCCGGAUUAAACAUUUUUUUUAUGGAAGACAACAAAAAAACUCUUUAAACACCCAAAAGAUUUAAACGAAAUCGCUGUAGACGCUUAUUAGACGAUAAUUAUAUCCAGCUUUAGAAAUUAUUACUAUACAAUAUUAGUUAUUAAUACGAAAUUUGUUUUUCGAUUUUAGAUUCUGAGUGGAGUUUAUGGUUUUAAAAGAUGUUUAUUUAUUUAUUUUUUUUAUUCUAUGGACAACUUUUCUGCUAAAGAUCUUGCUCCGAAUUAUAAGUGUAGCACCUUUUCUAAAAAGUGUGAAGAAGUACUUUGUGAAGGUCAUUUUUCAAUUUUCUCAAGUGUUUUCCCAGCAAAUGUGAACAAAUAGGAAAAAAACAUGGGAAAACCGGGAAAAAGUAGGGAAAAUGGGAAAAUCGGUACAAUAAACAAAUAUUAUUAAAGAAAAUAAAUAAUGCCUAUUUAAUUAUUUCACAAUAACACGACAUAUAUAUUGUUGACAAAUCAUUACUAUCGACUGAAAUAUUCACUCAGAGUUAUCUUUUUGUUAGUUGGUUUAUCGCUGCUCACAGUUAUACAUUAAAUUACCUAUAACAGUGGUUGUAUCCGUCCUAAUUAUCCUGGGACAGCUUCCUCCCCCCCCAUAGAUAACGAAUAGGUAUUCUUGUAUUUUUUUGAACAAUUUUGGUUCGUGUCUUUUCCACAUUUACCUAUUCAAAUCAUAUCCGUUUAGGCGUAAUUGCAUAUAAUGGAAACCGAUCAAAUGGAAAUCUCUCGUCCCACGUUGGGAAAUCGAUGCACGCAAUAAUAUAGUAUACCAACCUACGUGCGUAUUAUUCAAUGCAAUUCAACGUAUUACUGGCGCCUAUAUUAUCAUAUUUGUGAUAAUAAUUAUUAUAAAUAAUUUAUAGAAGGCUAUGUAAUAAACGUGCUGAACAACUUCACGCGUAUACAUAGCUAUACAGAGUUACGUAAAAAUAUAUCUGUAUAAUACGUUAUUGAAAUGUGACUCGCCGGUUGUAUAUUAUUAUUGUUGUUAUUGUUGUUAUUAUUAUUAUUAUAGUUUUUACUUUUUACGUCUGAGACUGUAUAACAAUUCGAAACAACACGUAUUUUUUUUAAACAUUUUUUUUUUGUUAUUUAUUUUUAUAUAUUAGAUAAAUAUAUAUAUAUAAAAAAAGUAAUGAUAAUAGUAAUAAGCUAGGGCAAAAUCAUUCGACAUUUUUCGGAACAUUAAAAUAUAUUUUAUACGAUUAUUAUGUAAUAUUAUGGACUCUUAUACAUAUAUAUUAUAUAAAAACGGUGUUUGCAUCUAACUUAUAAUUAUUUUGUAUUGCAUGUCUACCAACUCGUUUUUUUCGCGUAUAAUUUAUUUUUAUCGUGUUUUGACUUAAUAAUUUUAAUAGACUUUUUAUUCUAUAUAUAUUUAUAUUUACCCACCUAUUUUUUUUUUUACAAAUUAAAAAUUGAAUAUAUUUUUUAGUUAUUACAAAUAUAUAUUAUAAUUUGGCUGGGGAAAAUCAUUAUGCUUGUAAAAACUCGAAAUUUUGACAAAAAAAAAAAAACUGAAAAUAAAAAUAAAAUUACGUUUAUAAUAGGUGUGCCGACUAUAGAACGUAACAUUGAACGAUUUAGCGACGAAAGCUCUAAGAAGGCAGAUUCGGAUUCGUAUUUGGAUACAUGGACUGAUAGCGAUCCCACGCCAAUGAACUAUUCACCCCCGAAGACCGGGAAUCACGACGACAAAAAGGUAUUUUUGUUUUGUCAUUUUUCAAACGGAACGUGAUCGCGUUACAGAAACAAAUAAAAACGUCGAUAUUAAUAGAUAGACUAAUGGAUUUGUUUUUACAGGAAACGGCUGGUGUCGUGGAAAAGGAAAAGAAGUCUAGAAUUUUCCAAAGAGACCGUACUUCAUCGUCAAACAAAUAUAAGAAGUCUUCGACGCCUGCAAAGCAAUCUAAUGAUAACGAUCAUAAUCGCUCAAACACGGGCGGUACGGGAAAUUUGUUUUUGGCAGAAAAUGUUAGCUCCAUGGCCGAGGUAUUUCGUGACAUAAUGUUAAUUAUGAAUUAAUCUCGACAGUGUUCUUACAUUUGUUUUCUUAUGCUAGGCAAAUGUUCAACAUACUCUGAAAUUAUUGUAGUUCUUAACAAUAUUUUGUCAUUAUCAGAUAAUAAUCAUGGUUUAAAAUAUACUACUUAAUAUAUUUAUAACUGUAAUUUAAGUUACAAUCACAUAUAUAUCAAUGAAUAAAACCAUCAGGAUAAAGAGAUAGGAUAAAUCUAUUUAUGUAGUCUCUCUACAUUACAGUAUCCAUACAAUUUGUUUAACAAGAGUAUCUAUAGUUUUACAAGGCUUUCUUUUCUAAUAUGUUUCACUACAAAAUAAUACAUUGUUUAGUGCAUUAGUGGGGAAAAGUAGGUAGUAAUACAUUUUUAUCAAUUUUUUAGUGAAAUAAAACAUAUUAUAUAAAUAUUAAAACUAAACAAAUUUGGUUAUGUUGCAAAAACUUAUAUUAUGUACCAUUUUUCUAUGUGGUGGAUUUUAAUAAUUUGUAUUAUGCUGUGCUUAUAGCCCAGGAAAGCAUUGAUGGAACAAUUGUCUAAAGUUAUGCCACCAGAAGACAAAAUGCCGGAAGUAUUAUGUUUAAUACACUAUGCUGAUCCAUUAGGUAUACAGCUUGCAGGAAAACUUCAGAAUUAUCAAUUUAAAGUUAUUACACCAGCUGGAUUAGCUGAUGUUCGUGCAACUUUUGUAGUUAUUGUUAAUAAGAUACAAAAAUAGUAAGUAACAAAAACUGGAUUUCAUAGGCACAUACUUAUUUGUUUGUAAAAUAUAGGACAUCUGAUAAGUUUUAAUUUAAGAUUCUCUUACCCCAGUGUAAAUGCUGCUAAUUGUUUGUAAUUGAUAUUUAAGAUUAUAAAUUCUAGAUUUUGAUUUUGGAUUACCUACUGAUAAUGUAAUCUUUAUUCACCAAGUUUGUUUUAAUGGAUUAAAAUUGCAAAUUAUGACUUUAUAGUCUGGAAAUAUUUCUGGUCAUUAAUAUUAAGUGCUUUUCAGACAGGAAAAUAUAAAUAUAUUUUGGAUAUUGUUUACAAUAUCCUUAGUGAAUCUUAAUAACCUUAGUGAAGAAUACAUUUUUAAUAUUUUGAUUUAAAAUUCAACAACUUAUGUCAAUUUAAUAACUAACCUCAGAAAGAAAACAAAUAUUUUACUUUCCUGGUCACCAAUUUGCUAAUUAUUAUUAGUACUAUAAAUUAGCAUGUACAUGCGAUAGCAAAAAAAAAAAGUAUACAAUUAUGAACUAAAGUGACAGUGAUGGUAUUUAAAAUGUCAAAUAAAGUAGAACUAUACAAUAUUACACCAAGUGGAUUUACAAUGAUUAUUUGGUGUCUUGAUGUCUACCAUACAUGUUCUGUAACAGUUCAAGUCAAAUAUUGUUUCCAAUAUAUUGAUUAUUUUAUUGAUGCAAUAUCCUAAUUUUUAUAAUAUAUUUACAUUUUUCAUGUGAGUUAUUGUUAACACCUCAUUUAAUUUACUUGGAAAAAAGAAAGAAAGCCAUAAAAAACAAUUGAUUAAACUUGCCUACCUUUAUAAAGUGUAUUAACUACUUUGCCAAUGGCUAAAGUAUAAUAUGGAGCUAUAUAAGUUUUUAAUUAUUAUUUGAAAUAACAUAAAUUGAUUUAUGUUAACAUAGUCCAUUUAUAAUUAUUAUAUUAUUUGAUAAAUAUAUAUGUCAGGCAUAUAGUCGAAGAAUAUUAUUUUUGUGAGAUUUUACUAUCCAUCUAUACAUUUGGUUAAAUGCCUAGAUAUCUAGCUAAAUACCUAAUUCAAAUCAGGCGAAUAAUGAAAAUUUAACUAUAUUUUUUUAUUAUUUAUUUAUUGCUAUUCUAUAUAAAAAUUAUACAUAAUUUAAUAAUAUGUAAAAUAUAUAGGUAUAUGAAAUAUUUUUAAUUUUGUAUCCUUAGGUACUAUUGUUUUGACAUUUAAAUUAGAAAUAAAUAUAUGUAACUAAUAAUUAGGCUUGUAAUUCGGUAACUAUGGUACGAAUAUAAAAUAUGAAUAAAAAGUUUUAUUAUAAUUAAAUAUUUCAGUUAGUUAUUAGUUACUACUUUUUCUUACAUGUAAUUUUUUGGUGACAUUUAUUAGAACAUUUAACAAAACCUUGGCCGUUGAAAUUUAAUAAAUUUUCUACAGUUUCAUUUAUGGAUAUAAAUUUGUCUUUAGGUACUCUACUAUCUUAUAAACCAUUAUUUGAAAUCAUAAAUAUAUAGAUAAAGUUUUUGUACUAUAAUAUAUGGUAAUUUUCAAAGGUAAAAACCUAUGGAAGUGAUAUUUUCAUAUUGUUGGAAUAAAUAAUUAAUAAGAACAUAUAUUUAAUCUUUAAAAAAAUAUAUACAUGUUUAAUUUUUAUAAUUUUCCUGACUUGAAAUAGGCAUUUAACUAAAUGUCUUGACAUUGAAACAUGGCAUGUUAUACCAGUAAUAAGUCAGCUUGGGAAAAAUUUGUGCUCUAGUGCUCUUUGAGCUCUGCUGCUCAUGUGUUUUUUUCAAUCUUAUGAUUGGUUAAAAAAUCUAUGUUUCUCUUUUUAUAUAUAUGUUACUUUAAGGUUUUUUAAACUCUGCAUAUUAUAUACAUUUUUAUGCAAUAUAUAUUGUAUUUAUUGCAUUAAUAGUUGAAUAUCAUUGUAAUUAUAUUAAAACAUAUUUUAAUGUUUUUAGCUGUAACUCCAAUCCCAAACCACCGAGUCAGAUGAAGAUUUUACUUGCUGGUUCUGAUAGUUUUGUAAACCAUGUAUUACGACAAUACGUAGAACAGUUAUCAUUUAAGCCGCCUGACUGGAUGAAUUAUAUAAAAUUUUAUAUAAUACCAUUGGGUAAUGAUCCUUUUAUAUUUAAAAUGUCAUAUUUGUAAAAUUAAUGCCCGACUAUUUAUUUGCAGGGAUAAAUACACUUUCAAGAUAUUUGGGUACAGUUGACAGUUACUAUGGAACAACUUUUCUUUUCAAAGAGGAUUUUUGGAAAGAACAGUUGGAAUGUGGUGAUGGAUCAGAUAUUAUCAAUAAAAUUCAAAAUUAUUUAUUGGAAGCCACAAACACAGUUCAGUUACAAAUAGCUGAAGCCAUGUUAUCAUAUAAAGAGAGAAGGUAAAUAUUGGAGUGAAGGGAUAGAAAAUAGUUUUAAUUGUGAUAUAUUAUUUUUAAUAACUAAAUGUUUGCCUUUACAGUUCAGAUGAUGAAGCCUUGCAAAUUUUUAUUCCAUUUGUUAAUGUAAGUGUAUAUUCAAUUUUGUAAAAACAAAACUAUAUUGUUAUAUUAAAUUUAUAAAAAUUAUUAUAAUACAGAUUAUGCAAUUAAUAAAUAAUAAUUUUGUUUGUAUAUUAAAUAUAAUAUUAUAUAGGUCUAAUAGCGCUCAAUUAAAGUCACUAUUUGUUACUUUAUUUUGUAACAUUUCAAUUUUGAUUAAUUUUAUCAUUUUAUGUACUAUUUUUAUAUUUAAUUCCAUUAAAUUGUUUUUAAUAUCAUUAUUAAUUUAUCUAGUGCUAUUCAUUUUUAUUUACACACUAAUUAUUUUAAUGUGUAAUCUUAUUAUGUUUUUAUCAUACAAUUAUCUAAUCAGAUGGCUGGAAUAAUAAUAAAUGGACAGAGAUAUACUUUUAAUUAUAUUUAGUAUUACAAUAUGUGCUAUACUCUUAUAUUUAUAAUAAUAAGUUAUGUAUAGUUUUUGUACUAUAAUUUACAAUACUUACAUUUGUUAAUUUUCUCAUUGUGUUCUAUUUUGGUGAUAUAAUAUGUUCAUGGUAAAAUGGAUGAAUUCAAAUAUUGUUAAAUUACUUUAAAUAUUUGUUUAGAUUAUUUAGUAUCUGUUUUUUUUUUAUUAUUAUUUUGGUGAUAUUGGAGAUAGACUAAAUUGAAACAAAAAAUAUUUUUAAUACUGAAUUUGAAACUUCCAUAUAUUUAAACAAUUUUCAAUGUAUUUUAUAUUUUAAAUCACAUGGUCAAUUAAAGAACAAACAAUUAAAGUUGAAAAUUCCAAUUCUGUGCUAAACCUCACUUAACCAUAAUAUAAAGUUAUUUUAUCAUUCAUGAUCAAAUAUAAUCAUAAUAAUAACAAUACAUUUCUCUUUCUGCCUUGAUUCCAGCUUUAAAAAAAUAAAUAGAUUUACUAUUUUAAACCUUUUGUUUACUAUUGUAACUUUUUCUUAUCAUAUACCAAAUACAAAUUAUGUUCCAAUGUACAAUAUUUUUUUGGAUAUUAGGUUAGGAAAUUUAUUCUAAUUGCAAUGUAAAUAAUAUUUAUAUAUUAAAUUGGUUUAAUAUAUCUAAAUUAAAUUUAUUCAACCCUGAUAUAAAUUAAAUGAUUCAUUUUUAAAAUUUUAAUUUUUGUAAAAGUUUGAACUAACUAUAGUUAUCCUGGUUCACUUAAUGUAAAUAAUAUAUUUGUUAAUUUUGUAUUAUAUAGGACGUAAGAAUUUGCUCAAGUGAUACUACAUAUUCUAACGAUACAGAUGAUCAAAAUUCAGUUAUUAUGGAUCGAAAAUUAAUCUUGGAUAAAACAACACCACCUAAUUCACCAAAUAUUGGCAUGCAAUAUUUACCACCACCUACUAAGCAAGUCAACUGGUAAUUAGUAAUUACUAAACUAAACUAUUUGUUUUACUCUAUUGAAAGUAACACUAAUUACUUUUUUCUUUUAAAGGGAAUUAUGUGAACCACUGGAACUACAACUUGAUUAUUGGUUGGUUCCAAAUGCUAAUAAAGAUCUCAGUAGUCGAGGAAAUGAACCAAACAGCAAGCGUAUGGAUACCAAGUUCUCAUUAAAAACUGGUUUUAAGAGUUUACAUAUCUCAAGAUUAUUUUUGACCAACGAAGAACCACUUUCAUUUUUUACUGUUAGCUAUAUUAAGGAGAAAAAACAAAAAAGUAAGUAAAUUAUAUUUGGUUGAAAAAAAAACAAUUUAAUCUAUUUUGACCUUUUUUUAAUUUACUGUACAAUUUUAAAUAUAUUUAUUUUAUGUAAACAAUUCGAUCUUCUAUAAAUUAAUUUUAUCAUCUACAUUGUGUACCCAUAGUAAAAUUGACAGUAUAUUUUAAGUGGAUAUGAUAGAUAUCUUAAGAUUAUAUCUUAAUGUAUCUUUUGUUUUAAUAUAUAUAUAUAUAUUAUAAAUUUAACUUUCUGAAAAAGUAUGGUUAUCUUUACAAUAUACAUACAUUAUCCACAUGUUUAGAUUGUGAGAGGAGAAAGUAUUGGUUUUAUAAUAAUGUUUAUUUUUUUUCUACCAGAAAUUUUGAUUAGAUUUUCAAGUAAGUCACUUUUCCUGAAAAGAAAUCUGACUGAGGUAGUACUUUAAGGAGGUCAUGUUUUGAUUUCCUUAGGAGUUUUCAUUAAAAAUGGGAAAAACUUAGGGAAACUGGGGAAAAUUUACAAAAUGUUUUAUUUUUAAAUUAUAAAUAUUACAGAUAUACAUUAAAUUUCCCCUCCACCAUCUCAACUUCUUAUUUACAAUAGUGUCAGCUACGGGAAGUAUGUUCCUUUGUUUUUUAUUUUUCUUUUUUUUCAACUUGUAACUAUAUUUCUUUUUUUGCCUAAUAUAUGAAUGCAAUAUAAAAUAACAAUGAUAAAAAUUUGAAACAUUCAUUAUAAUUAUAAACAUUAUAAUAAUAGGAGGUUCAUAUUUUAAAUAUAAUAUAUAAUAGCUGGUACAAAUUAUGUCUAUGCCUUUAACCAGGCCUGUCAGAAAUAUGUUUUCACCAAUAUUCUUCAUAUAAUUGUAGUAAUGCGAUUGGGUAAAAAGAAAGAAAAAGAAAAGGAUAUGGAUACCAAAAAUCAAAUUAUCGACAGCGUUUUAAGAUUGAUUUGCUCUUCAAAAACUCAACACUAUCCACUGACUAGUAAGUUGUUUGCUACAUAAUUUUUUUUCAACUUAUGCAAUUUUACAUUUGUUCUCUAGUUAUAAUUGAUGGAAACGAAUGGACUGGUGUGAAAUUUUUCCAACUGUCUUCACAAUGGCAAACACAUAUAAAACAUUUUCCAAUCGCUGUGUAUUCAUUAGAUUAUCAACCAACGAGCCUGCCACAUUUAAAUCAUGGAAUUUAAAUUACCUAGAUGACUUGAAUAUCUUGGUAAUUACCUUAUUUCAAUCAUUCAAAACUUUUUUUUUUCCUUGAAUUUCAUAUUCCAAUUAAAUAUUUUUAUAUUUCUUGGAUAGUAUAAAAUAAAAUAUCUUGACAAAUAUUUUACUUGUCCACAUAAUUAUACUAUUUUAAUAUUUUAAUUAAUAUGUAUUAUUUUUUUCAGUUAUCAGUUUACAGACAUUACAAAAUCCAUGAUCUAGUUGUCAAAGAUUAUAUUUAAGAAUAUAGUUUUUUUCCCAUUAUAUUUCAUAAAAUUCUUUGUAUGUUUGCUAUACAUAAAGAUACUAAACCCCAUAAAUAUUGUGAACCUUAUAUUCAAAAUUUUAUUAUUGUAACCAAAGACUUCACAUCUUAUUAGUAUUGUAAUAUUGUAUUACAAUGAGUGUGAAUUUUAUUUAUUUGUGAUUUUUAUCAUUUUAAUUACAAGACUAUUUUUUUUUUUAUGAAAACAAUUUUUAUAAUUAUAAUAUAUUACUAUUUAAAUCAUUUAAAACUGAACGCAUAAUAAUUAUAUUCAUUAUUGAACUAUUAAUAUCAAUAGAUUUUAAGAAAUACUAUCUACUAUAAUUUUUCUUAUUAUAUUUCUACUAUCAUAUUAUUAUUAUUAUUAUUAUUAUUAUAUUUAGUGUGUGUUAUAACUCUUAUAUAGACUAUACUUAUUAAUUAUCUAUACAUCACAAUUACCAAUCUCAGCUUUUUACAUGACUGAUAAUCGAUCUCUUACAAAUACAUGAAUCGAGAAUGGUUUAGAUUGGACAAUAAUAUUGUAAUGAGUAGGAAUCGAAUCUCAUUAUGUAAACAACACCUGCCUUUUGAUUGAAAAUGCUUUUUUCUUUUUAGCUCGUAAAAAAUAAUUUAAUACCAUAUAAAAGGUAAAAUCAAAGUUCUAAAUUAAUAUUAUUGACUAUUAUAAGUAAAAAUACAAAUUGUGUGAUACCAUUUAAUUUAUAUUCUUUAUAUAUACCUAAAUUUUUCCUUACUUUAAGUUUCUGGAUCCAGUAAUUUGGGUUGUGCAAAUAAACGCUAACUUGAUCAUUCAGUGUGUUUACUCUAUACAAAUAUGUAUAUAUGUAUAUAAUAAUAUAUUACAUCCUUUUUACCAGAUCACCAAAACACAACCUUUGACACUUUUGAGUUAUAUAUGUUUGACCUACAUAGUGAAAUCAUUCAUUUCAUGAACUGGGUAGUGAAAUUCAUCCAGAUCUUGAAUUUGAAUAAAAAUACAUUAUAUGGACAUCCAUUUCAUGGAAAAAAUAUUACCUAUACCUAUUGUGUACUUUGUAUAGUUAUUAUAAAACAACAUUUUUUAUGUUAUUUAGGAGUAAAUAAUUAUAAUAUAUCAUAGUAAACUGUACUUUUCUAUAUUCUUUUAUAAAAAAAAUUAUAGACAUAUAUAGACAUUAUAGUCAAUAAAUUAUAUUAUAUUACAUUAUUUUAUUUUUCAUAAACCAU